CAGAGUGAACACCAGUCUGCCCAGCAGAAAGAAGGGGGAGACAGGAGAAGGACAGAGACAGCUUUCUCUCUCUUUUUCUCUCACCUCCAUCAAGUUAAAGCGAAAAGGCUGCAGUUCGCCCGGAAUUAGGUAAUUAGACUUCAAGGUAAAAGCGCGAAUUUUGAGGACAAGGUAGGUGAGAAUACAGAGGUGUGAGCAAACACAAAACACUUUUAAUGUAAGAUUAGCUGUUUUAAAUCAUAAAGGAUAUUUUUAUUUUAGAUUUAAAGCCUGCGUAAUAAGUAUAGGAAGAGUGUAGAAGCCCUUACGCUCGAGGGACUAUUUUAUUUCGAAAAUGCAAACCGGUUGUGAUGCGGUUAUUCCUACUAUCUUCACGCGCUCGCCGCCUCACAGAGCUCAGUCGGCUCGCAGAGACAGCAGGAUGCCAAGGGGAGCACUCCGACAUACGGCGUCCGUUUUACCGUCUCCUGGCGUCGUCUCUCAGCCACAGCGACUCUGAUGGGCGUUUUUAUCCGCCUUUUACCGUCCUCGACGCUUGGAUAUUUUCUGAAGCCUCGAAAUGAAGCGAAUGAAUGUGAGCAACAAGAAGUGUCCUGUUGUUGUGCCUGUCUCCAGCAUCACUAGUAGUCAAGUCCUCUCUCUCUGUGGAUGCGCUGCCUCACUGCUGUUUAGUUGUCUUGUUUUCAGAGGAUUCUGUGUAGUGUCUCUGUAGUGGACUACCCAAACUUUCCCUCCGCUUGUUUUUGUUGUCUUUUUUUCUUUUAGUUUUUCCGGCUUUGAAAAAAAAGAUUUCAGGAACUCCGGAAAACCAACGACUUGACAUCAACUCCUGGCGGAAUAACCUUUCGUAGCGGUUAUUCGCCUUUACAAGCAUCUUCUCUUGGGUGGGAAUACGACUGAUGCUUGCCUUGCUCGUCUAUUCGAGUUUUGUAUCGUCUCGUUCUGUUUUGUCUGUUCUGUCCCACAGUGGCAUGAAAAUUCAUGAAUGCGUCCAAGGACAUGCACUAUUCAAAUUACGCAUGCACCAUGACGGUAGUAGGCUGUGCGUAAUAUCCUAUUAUUAUAUCCCUACCACACGAAUGCAAUAACAAACAUUCAAUAUCUCAUUCCUGUGUUUGGAGAAGAUUUGUGGAUUCAUUCUAACUUGGUUUGUGUGUUUUUGUGUGUGUGACAUGGGCAUAAUGAGUGUGGCAAAGUGGACUAUUUUCACUCAAAACCAUCACUGAAUUUGUAAUAAGAGGAAAGUCAAAGUAUGACCUCCUUCAGAGUCCAAUUUUAAGCAUUUAAUGAAAUUCCCGUGCGCGUUUCGAGAGGUUUCCAAGCCUCCAUGCCUUUGCCACAUUCAACGCACCAUGUGUGUGAAUGAAUCAGGGGAAUCAGCGCGCAAGCAUGUCUGUCCAUGUGCCUGCGUGUGCGCCCCUGGCUGCGCUAACGUCGCUCCUUCUGUGCCUUCUCUCUCUUUCUUUGUUUGUAUGCGUGUGUUUGUUUGCGUACAGCCACGCUGGAAGUCGCCCCCCAUGUGGCCGUCGGGAGCGGGGAGCAGGCAGCCCUGCCCGCGGGAGUCCGCGCUGCGCAGGGCGGCCAUCAGCGGCAACAUCAACGCGCUGCCGCCGUUCAGCUUCCCCACCGGCCGCAGCGUCCGGGUCUUCAUCUGUGCCAACCCCGACGGUAAGAAGCAUCCCCUCCCCUUCCCCAUCUUACACACGGUCACCAUGCUGCUCUGCGCAUUUAUUCAGGAUUACUUCCACACAUCUGGGUAUGAAAUAACACCACAUCUUACUAUCAGGCUGUAGUUUUAUGGCACAAUCAAUCCAGGCACAUGGUUGUGUUACCUGUUUUCUCCAAAAAUCAAGCGCUUUAACUCUGACAUUUAAAGAUCAAGCUCAAAAAUACCUCUAUUUAGGUCAGUCCAGUUCACAAGAUAUGUUAAAAAGACAGAGCAUCAUCACAGGGUUCAUUCCCAUGACAUGUGGGAACGCCAGAUUCCAUUUUCCACACUGAAUGCAUGGUGUGAGACAGCAGGCUUGUGAUGGUGACACCCAGUUGCAGCUCUGUAUUUGAAUAUGCCCUUUGGGUUGAAGGGGUAAAAAUAGGCUCAGAGAAAGUGGAGUAAAUAAGGCAGAGGAAGUAGAGUAGGCUAUGAGAUGAAAAACGAGAGGGAAUGAGGGCAUGUAAGGAUUAAAAAAAAGGAGAAGCUUCUUUUGUGAUAUAUCGCUGUCAGUCGACUGCCCCUUCUGAGCAAACUGGAUGCAAAGAAUGAAUCAGCCUCUUAUUAUGGCUCUGUUAUGGUGAACGGUAAAAAGUCCCGACACUCUUAAGCCACCUGUAGCUGACUCAGUCGUUCACAUCAUCCCGUCACGGCGCAGAUUUAAUGCUCAGAUCCGCUCAGACUUAAAAAACGAUGAGGCGGACUGUUCCAAGAAUCUAUUUUCACACUGUCGGCAAAAAACAGGAAAACACAUCGAAGCUGUGAAAAGGGCUAAUUUCAAGUCGCUGCUUCGAUUGAAGUGAGGUUAAAGCUUUGGUGAAGGAGAUGAAGCCUAAUAUAGAGUGCCAGCUCUCAAGAGGAUAACUAAAAGCUGCGUUUCCACCAGAGCUAGGAGGAACUUUUCGUCCCGGUGGCUUCUUUUCUAGACCAGAAGGUUCCUCCAGCCAGUUGUUGUUUCCAUCUUGAAACACGAUGAGAUGAAACAGUGAUUUCCACUUUGGAGAAAUCACUAAUUCGCUUUCGGAUCAAGUUCUAGUGGUGGAAAUGCAUUCAGUACCUCUACAGGUUCCUGGUCCCUUUGAGAAGUUCCUGUAGUAGAUAUGUAGCAUUGUACUUCUAACAGAUGGGGAGCAAUACACAAGAUUCCCCCACAAGUGCAUCGUGGUCGAAUCAUAUUUGUGUUAAGGUGUUCUUGGUUUUGUCUGCUAAAAGUUCCUUGUCCUGAGAGAAAGUUUGUGCCGUGGAAAUAGGCCUGGGCGAUUUAGCAAAAAAAAACGAUCACAAUAAAUUUUGUCAUAUCGUCUGAUCUCGAUUAUUAUCACGAUUUUUUUUAACUGCCUGUUUUAAAGCAUCUGUACUAAAAACUAAAGAAACUAGAGAUUAGUUCAACAUUUUAUUCACAUUCAUGUUUUUGGGGGCACUGAUCGCCGACAUACCUUGCACAUCGGCUUAAUUGCUUGACGUCACUUUGGAGAUACCGGAACCACCGCCACACAACCAACGUUGAAAAACUUCUCAACAAUAACAUCUUCGGAGAAUAACUCAAAGUCAAGCCUGACAUCUAUUUUGUUGCCCUCAUAACCGCUCCACGUUCAGUCAUUCCGUUUACUUCUCCAAUAUCUUACAGAAGUGGAACAGGAAAAGCUCGACUCUGAUUGGCUGUUGUGACGCACAUUUCCGCCAUGUUUGAUCGAGUAAAUAUGCUCACGGCUGAUCACCAUAAUCUGAACUGAAAUUUAUCACGAUCAUCGCCCAGUCCUACGUGGAAAUGCUUCUUUAUACUAGGGGUGCAUCAAUCACAGUUCCUGGCCGAUCACCGAUCUUUAUAACGCUUGACUCGCUGAUACCGAUAUUUUUAUAACUUACAACAUACACCUUCAAUGCGCUGACUUAUUUUAAUGAAAAACAUUCAACAAAACUUGUGUAACAAAACAAACCUUUUUUUGUUCGUUUUAACCGCACGAGGUAGUUCUCCCAAAUAUAAAUGAUAAGUUUAGAAUAUUGCUGUCCAAACUACUAAAUUAUAUCGGUUCCUUUAGUCUUUUAUUUUCCACAUUUUAAAAAUCAACAAUAUUUGCGCAGCAGGUCACACCAUCAAUCAAGUGCACAGCAGUAUUUUGCUUUUACAAAUAAAGUAAAUCACAAGGUUUGAGGACGUUUCAGAAACUUUCAGACCUUUGCUGAGGUAGAUAAGAUCGGUGGAUAAAAUCGGUUUUAUGUCUAAGGAUCUGCCGAUUUAUCAUUGCAUGUUUACCUUUAUACCAGACUUUGAGUGGAAUUAAUUCAGCAUUCGAGCGAAUCAAACCUCUAACACGCUUACAAAACUUUGACUUGUAGUUCAAACUGCAUAAAAAGAAGUUCUCCGUGACCUCUCUGCCCUCAGUGUUGCUGUAGAUCAUGUUUCCUCAUGUUCACUAGAGGGGGCUAUCUAUCUAUGCACUCAUAUGAAAUCAUUACCUUAUUGUACAUGUACUGUACAGCCUAUCUAACUUUCCAGUGACUGGAUAUAAAGCAGAGUUAUGAUGCUUGGAUUGCACCCAGUCAAAAAAGAAAUCCCCCAACAGGCACCCGAAGCAGUGCAGUGAAACAGUAACCAAAUAUAUGUCUUACAAAAGUGUCAGUAUUUACUGCAAGGUUACCAUUGUGUUCUGCAGUGAUAAUUACACCAUCACAGCAGCAUAUCAGCACUUUUUAUUGUCUCUGUGUAACCCUGGGACCUCUCUCUGUUGUCAUCUCCAGAAGCAGGAGUUUAAUGUGCUCUCCGGUCAUAGCAGCAGCUCUGCUGAACACGCUGACCCUCUUCCCCUCAAUCAAAAGCCGUAUAAAGCUACGAUGCAUUUCCACCCCAGUGGAUAUUUGUUGUUGUUUUCUGUCAAAAACAGCAGCUUGGAAAGUACUGUCUCUCCCUUAUAGGGGAAUAGCUGCAUGCAGAUGCUUUAAGCUCAUAAUGAGGUGGAAUAGAGCAACAUUUCCCAGAUGGAACUACAGUAAAUUCUCAGCCAAGAGCUCACUGAUCAAAACUGAAAAAAAUGUUUGGCUGUGGAGUAGAAAAAUUCAAGACGUAUCCCACACAAUUUAGAUUUAAAUAUUUGGCAUAAAUUCAGAAGAAUAAAAAUUGAUACAAAUGUAAAAAAAAAAGAUGCUUUUAAACUUUAAAUCAACUCAAAUAUCGUGGAGUAGAUGUUAGCUUCAGUAUUUUAGCUAGCUGAUGUAGACUACCCUGAGCCGUCUAAGGCGCGGUCCUUCAGGAUGCUACCUCUAAACGGGAACUGAUUUGUCUGAUCUUUCUGGAUUUUACCUUUUUUUUCCCACUACAAUUCGACAAUCGCACCAUUUUUUUGUGGUAUUUGUUCACAUUUCCACAUCUUAACUGGCUUGUCCAACAAACGGUUUCGCUGACAGUUCAAGUUUGCUUUGAAAAAGUGAAAUUUUAAAGCUCCUGUGAGGAGUUUUUGAGGGUUAUAAAAUAGGUUGAAUUUCAUAUUGACACCAUUUUCUGACAUGUUGAAGCAAACAAGAUCACCAGAAACAAGAUUGAUGAUUUUUUAUCGUUAUUUGUAGCGCAUUAAUGCCUGAAACCACAAAUUAUCACCAGAAAAUUCAAAUUUUUUUUGGAGCUGAAAUGUUUAUUUCACUUACUACUGAAAACCAAAAAAAUCAAAAUGUCCUUAAAAUGUAACUAAUAUGUUUAUUUAUCUCGUUUGUUACAUUAGAUGUUUUUGGAAACUGAUAAAAUACAAGAGGACAUUUUUAUCAUUUAUCAGACUGUAUUCAAGUGGGGUUUUUUUGUAAUUUGUUGAUCAUAUUGAUUUGAUAGAAGUAUUUAAAAGUAUGUAUCAAAUAUGAUACAAAAGGCAAUAAAGGGUUAAUGUUUAAAAUCAGUGCGAGAGGGUAGGUGUCGGGCAAGCAGCUCUGUUUGGACUGAAAUUAUUCACAAUAGCUGAUAAGUUUGACGUUCAAAAGAGUCUGGAUGAUGAUAAUCAAACAGUACGUUUACAUGACACUCGAGAAAACCGAAUUAUUGCCUCACUGUGAUUAAGACCGGACAACUGAAGCGCAUGUAAACAACUUAAUCCGACUAUAAUCGGAGUUAAAGAACUCAGAUUAAGACACCCAGAUAAUGCGAUUGGAAUUCAAAUUUCUCUACCAUGCGCCACUCCUUUGUAACCACGGAACAAAAACACCAGAGAAGAGGAGUAGUGUGCGUUUCAUCUGCAGAAAAAGUAGUGCGUACAACAUGUACGACAAAAACAACACUGUAUGAUCCAUCUUCUUGCUCGAAAAUGAACUGAUGAAAACACCCAUAUCGCCCCCUAGUUUUGGGGGGAGGACACCUUCAAGUCAAUAAUGUGAUUUUCUCAGCUGCAUGUAUACGCAGACAAGGAGAGAAGUCUGAUCUGGUGAAAAAAAACAAAUUAUGAGCUUAGUCCGAUUAAGUUGUGCAUGUAAACGCACUGAAAGACUGCUUUGUCCACAGGGGGUGCCAAAAUUGCCAAAGUAAAAGUUCCUCACAGGAGCUUUAAACAUAAAUUGUGACCAAAUCGAGCGAAAUUGUUCAAUUUUGUCAGAUUAGUGUUAAAAAGAUUGAGGUUACUCCCUGCAGUUCUCUCAAACGCCACCAGGGGCACUAGCGGCACCACUUGACAGACCCCGGAAUAGUAUUUGUAAGGGUUUCUUUCAAAUGUUGCCAAAUUGUGAGCCAAACACCUCAUUUGAGUGGAUUUACAUCCUCCUGCCAUGAUGUUAAUGAAUCACUCAAGUUCUUGGCUCAGGUGGAGGAAUCUGUUUUUGUUUGUGUGUGGAUUUGUGCGCGUUGUGUGCAGCCACAGUUGAUCAAUUAAAAAAACCCUCGCUAUCUUCUGCUCCCUGCCAGUAGCUAGACGGCUGCAACAAACCAGAGAAAAAGCCUAAUGUGAUUUAUUUGUGUGUGUAUUAUGCGGCCUGUCUCAUCUGUCAAUAUACGUGUGUGUCUUUGUGUGUUUGUGUGUAUAUGGAGAUCUAUACGAGUACAUCAAGACGACUCCAUUACCUUGCUGUAGCUGCCUCCUGAGGGGGCUCUGGCAGCGCUCGGUUGCUAUUUGUAUGCGAGCUUUCACUUAAGCUGUUUAAGGUUGAUAAAAGCACAAGGCCUUAGGGAUACGGUGCACAAAAAACGUCUUACCCUCCAACGUAGCAUCAUCAAGGCUGUAGUAUAUCGCCACAGAGACCGCUAAUUACAUUAUUAUCACUCUCAAGUUAAAGCCAGUGAUCUGUUUUGCCUGUUUUAGGCUGCAUUGAAGUUUUUUUUGCUCCAGAUUUAAGUAAUUAGGAGGCGUUUUGAUUCAAAACGCUUAAAUCGGCUGUUUUUUGAAUGGAGACUGGUGUAAGAGAACAAAGGAAGGAGAGAUGACAGCUGGGAUAGUCUGUGUCAAGGGUGUUUUUUGCUUAAUAAAUUGCGUCUCAGUGCCAGAUUUUUUUAGGGCGAGUCUGUUCUGCGGCAUUGUGGGGGUUUAUGACGCGUGCUAAGAGCUUAUUUCAGCCCCUUGUGUGUCGUGAGGAAGCUCAAGUCUGACUGGUUUUUGGCACAGGCAGCUUUUUUACUGACCUCGCUCCAAGUUUUUCCAGAGAGCUGUGGAGAACCCCCCCCACCCCCACCCCCCCACAGGACGCCGUUCUGACAAAUUCAGCAGUUGCCCUCUCGCUCUCUUCUCAACUCCCCGAGGUUUUUCAGCUGUUUUAUGGAACACUGUAAAAACAUUUCACCGGAGAACGAUGGCGAUGAUAGUGAGCAGACUGGUAGGUACACCUGAGUUAAAUGGUGCCAUGAUUUCCAGGGUAAUUAACCUCCAGAAAACUAGUGCGGUCUGCAAGUGGGGUCUGACUAAUGGGAAUUUCAUUUUAUGAGCACACAGAGGGCUCUAGUGGGAGAGAAAUUGCCGGCUUUAUACUGAUAAGUGAGAUUGAAAUGAAGAUAAUUUGACUCUUUUUGAAUUCAUUCAGGUAAACUUUUACUUUUUUAGGUGUUAAAACAUGAAAAGACUGAUAUUUUUAAGCAAUAUACACCAAAUAGCUAGAAUAGAUAUGUAAGCCUCUUUCAUAUAUGUAAGGGCAGCUCAAUUUAAUUCUACUCAGCCCUCUGAGAUAGUAAUGUCAUGUCGUUCCCUUUAUUUAGAAUAAACUGUAUUUCACUGUCAUGAACAGCGACUGCAGUUCAACACUCGCAUGAAUAUUUAACACGUCUGCCACACUUAAUUUCUCCUUGAACAUAGUAAAAAGUCUCUGCCACCACAUCAAGGACACAGACUGAAAUAAAAUAUUGAACACAAAGAUUUUUCAUCCCCAAUAACUGUUUCCUGGGAUAUAAAAAAUCAGACUGGGUAUUGUUAAAAGAAAAAUGGUGAUGUGAUGAACAUAUUUUGCUGGUGAAGCAGUUGGAAACAGAUAUGACAGCUGAUGUAAAACCGAACCAAACUGUUGAACACAGGAGAGUGCGCCAGGGUAAAUUUCAUGACACGGCUAGUAAAAUUCGACUGCUCAAGGUUCAGGAAAGCAAAAUGAGUCAUUGUGUAUGCUGAGCUCCCUUAAAACUCAUCAACCUUCCUUAUCGUAGACAUACAGCAGGUUUGGCUUUAACAUUGGUGUAAUGGUAUGAAGCCAGGAAAUCAGUACAUGUUUUAAAUGUUCAAUAUUCACACAGACAGCUCGGUUCUAAACAAAUUGCUUUAUGCACCUUGAAUUACUUACAAAACACUGGCUUAGCAGAAUAUAGAUUAAAACAAGUGAGGGCCUGUGUCCACCUGUGGCAUUUAUCUGUGCUAGCAGAAAAAUUUCAUCGGUGGACAGUUAAAUUCACUUUCACUUUAUGCAGUGCUUAGAUUACUUGUGAAAACACUGUCCUGGCCAAUUAUAGACGAAAGACAAUUUAGGGCCUGUGUCCACCAAUGACAUUUUUCUAGCUGACAGAAAAUUUUUAUUGGUAGAUAGCUCAGUUCAAAACAAGUUGCUUUAUGCAGUGCUUGAAUUACUUACAAAUACACUGGCUCAGCCAAAUACGGACUGAAACAAGUUAGGGCCUGUGUCCACUAAUGGUAUUUUUCUAGCUGACAGAAAAGUGUCUUUGGUGGACAGCUCAAUUCAAAACAAAUUGCUUUCUGCAGUACUUUAAUUACUUACGAAAACAUCAGCUGAGCCAAAUAUAGACUAAAACAAGUUAGGGCCUGUGUCCACCAGUGGCACUUUUCUAGCUGACAGAAAUAUAUAUUUAGUGGACAGUUUAAUUCAAAACAAGGUGCUUUAUGCAGUGCUUAGAUUACUUGUGAAAACACUGUCCUGGCCAAUUAUAGACGAAAGACAAUUUAGGGCCUGUGUCCACCAAUGACAUUUUUCUAGCUGACAGAAAACAGCUCUGACAGCUCAGUUCAAAACAAGUUGCUUUAUGCAGUGCUUAGAUUACUCGUAAAACUGUUGUCUUAGCCAAAAAAAGACAAAAGACAAGUUAAGGCCUGUGUCCACCAAUGACAUUUUUCUGUUCUGGCGGCACCUAAUUUAAGUGUAAAAAAUAAAUAGAUAAAAAAAUCUAAUACAUUGACUAAAUGUAUAUUAAAAAUAUUUGGACCCUCAGAACACCACUGCCCUUAUUUCUGUUGCUAAUCCACCACCAUACAAUCAAAAUCAAGAAGGGGAGGGACUUCUUCAUUUUUUUUCUUGAAAUGUCCUUGAAUCGAAGGAAGACUGAAGCUAAUAGUGCAUCCUUAAACAGACUUAACAUCCACCUCUAAGGAAGGCAGACAUGUUGCAGGAAUACUUCUGUAACCUAGCAACAGUACGCGCUCAUGAAAAAGCCCAUGGGCCCUUCCAGUGAAAUAAAUGCAGCCAGUGCACACAGGCCCUUAAUUAUGUAUUCUGUUACAAAUAUCAAACAUGUUUCAGUGUUUUCUCCCCUCCUAAAGUCUACUUAAAACCUAACCUCAUAUUCUCUUACAUAAUUCAGCCAGCCUCCACAUUCGCCUGUCCUUUCACUUUCCCUCUUUGAAUUAUUUGAUGUCCUUUUCAAACGCUCAGGUCAUGUUUACCAGUCCACCGCAGACAGACUUACUCUGGCUUUCAGCCCAGUGUGGCCCACAUACUGGUAUUAUUUUCUAUUAUUUAAGCAAAGACAGGCUAAGAUGAUGAGCUAGGACAACUACCACUUCACUGCCAUUACUGCAUUUAGCCUUAUUUAACAAAGAUUAUGCAACGACGUAGUAAAACGAAGCUUCCAGCUGUACGUUCGCAGGCAAAAGAGCAGCAGAACUGAUUUAAAAAGCAUGCCUCUGAAGGUGUUUACCACUGAACUGCUCUUUGCCCAUCUCAAACAACAGUUCUGCGUGAACAUAUUUCACCGAACCAUGGCUGAUUGCUGCAUUUAAAUAGUCUCAGAUCCUGUCAGAGGGAGAAAAAAAAACAUGCCGUCUCCAUGGUUUCUCCCCGAACAGAGGACAUAAAGUGAGCAGUUUUGAGAAAUAUUGUUUCCUUCCAUAAUUAGGCCGUAAAUGUGAAGUGUGUAUAAACAUGAAUGUGAAUAUUUUAUGACACAGAUGCUAAAAAACCCACUGUUGGUUUUUGAGGCUGCAGCUGUCAGCGCAGAUGUUACCCGACGAACAUGUUCGGGUGCAUUUUUACAUCUGGGGGGUGGACUAACAGUUGUUCUGCGUGCAUUGACUGUAAUGGAUGCUUAAUCAAACGUAAUUUAGGUUACUGGCAUAGAGACAAGGGAGUCCCCCAUAACUGUUACAUAGCUCCAUGUGAGGAUGGUGGCACCAUAACCUCUACGAUAUUACCCUCAGUAUACGGCUAAUCCAUAGCCUUAAACGCAGCAACAUCUGGGCUUCAUGGAUGGCUGAGUUACACAUCCACAGUUUGCCUCCAGUGCCUCCAUACAGGUCUUGUUGUAUCUAUUCGCUCACUGAACUACACACAGAGUAUCACCCACGUCAACAAGGACGACCGCUGUAUCACAACGUCGUUCCAUUUACUACAACACAUGUCCCGUCUUCCUCUUUCUCUUUAAAUCAGAGAUCUGGGAGCAGGUUUGCAUACUGAGUACCUCUGGAGAGUCAGUGUGCCGCUUGAUGAGAUCAGAGUGAUUGGGUCGUGCUGAUGAGACAGAGAGAGGGGGCAGCUGUAUAGUGACCGCUAUCCUACACAAUGCCGCCGUUGCGUACAGUGAGAUUGUAUGAAUAAUUACACAUCAGCUUUUAGUGUUAUUAUCUAAAGAUGCUCUAAUAUUUAUCAUUCAUGAGAGGGUAAAAUCACAUCCUGCGGUACCAAACCAGCAUAUUUUAACUGAUUGUAUUAAACUGCAUCUUAUUACAUCAUAAGCAUAUCUUAUCUCAUGGUAUUGUAUCAUAAAAUGCUGUACUGAACCAUACUAUGCUUUAUUAAUAAACUAGGCCGAAUAUGAAAUAUAUCGUAUCUUAUUGUAACGAAUCAUGACAAAUCAUACGUUAUCAUUUUAAAACAGUAUCACUUCUAUCUUAUCCAAUCCAAACCUACCUUAAACAUAGAUCACUGUUUUGUCAGCUACUCAGAGUCGUACCAUGUCAUACAGUAUCGUAUCCCAUCAUAACAAAUUGCAUUGUAUCGCAUCUCAUCAUAUUGUAUCAUAUUGUACAGUAUAUUAUCGCAGCGUAUUGUAUCGUACAGUAUGGUGCCAUACCAUGUAAUGUGGUUCAUAUCGUUCUGUAUUCUAUAGUAUCAUAUUGUAUCAUAUUGCAUCGUAUGGCAACCUAUUGUAUCCCAUUGUAUCGUAAUGUUUCCCAUCGUGUCAUUCCAUAUCAAACUAUACAAUAUUGCAAGGUAUUGUAUCAUACUGUACCGUAUUGUAUUAAUUCAUAUCCUAUUCUAUCGUACUGAACUGUAUUGAACCGUAUCGUAUUGAGUUAUAUUGUUUCAUAUCCUAUUGUAUUGUAUCGUAUUCUAGCUUACUGAACUGUAUUGAUCCGUAUCGAAUCCUAUUGUAUCAUAUCGUAUUCUAUCGUACCGAACUGCAUUGAACUGUAUCGUAUCAUAUUGAAUCAUACUGUAUUCUAGCGUACUGUAAUGAACUGUAUCGUCAUAUAUCGUAUUCUAGCAUACUGUAAUGAACUGUAUCGAAUCGUAUCAUAUCGUAUCGUAUUGUGUCAUAUUGUAAUGAUUCUAUCAUACUGAACCGUUUUGUACUGUGUCGUAUUGGAUCAUAUCGCAUCAUUUUCUAGCGUACUGAACUCUAGUGAACCGUAUCGUAUUGUAUCGUAUCAUAUCGAAGUGUAUCAUAUCGUAUCGUAUUCUAGCGUACUGAACUGUAUUGAACUGUAUCGAAUAGUUUCAUGUGUUAUCGUAUCAUAUUGUCUCGUAUUCUAUCAUACUAAACUGUUUUCAACUGUAUCAUAUUGGAUCAUAUAUCGUAUUAUAGCAUAUUGAACUCUACUGAACUGUAUAGUAUUCUAUCAUUUCAUAUCGUAUCAUAUCGUAUUCUAUCAUACUGAACAGAAUCGUAUUGUAUCAUAUCGUAUCCUGCCAUAUUGUUCCAUUUUCACAAUCACUUGCCAAGGAAAAACCACAUUAAGGGUUUCCACAGUUCAAUACCCCUGUCAUUAUUAUUUACAGAUUCAGCUUUAAAACUCUGAGAUCUAUAGUCAGGGAGGGGGAUUGUACGUGAAGUGUUCCUAUUGCCUCUCAUUAUGUCUUUGUCGUCUCAGUAUUGACUGGCCUCAAUUUAAAAUAGAUUUCUUCCUGUCUUGAAAACAUCCCGACAAAUCUUUUACUUUCAAAACUUUAAAUUACAUGAUCGAUUAUUUAAGUUUGAGAGGAGCAUCUGUAUCGUCAACUAUUUACAGUUAAACUGGGACUCACCAGCCACAGAUGAUGUAAUGAGCCAGAAAAUGAAGGUGAAUAUUUGGCGUUGCAAACUGCUGGCCAAACCAGAGCUCCUAAAAGCUUCACUACCACUCCCAAGGUGGUGAUAUCAGAUUAAUAUAACCAGAGAUUGCAAACAUAAAAUGUCUGACUGUUUGUCUAAGAUUGUAUGAACAGAUUAUUAUUGUGUUUUGUUACAUAACUUCAAGGGUCAAGUGUCUGAGAUAACUAUUUGGAUGUGGUGCUACAUUCACAGAAAUUUAAAAGUACUUCGAGCUGCAUCCUUGGCUGUGAGUGCAAAAUAGAGGAAGGAAGGCGACCAGAAACAUUUGGCUGCAAUUUACUGUCCUAAAAGUAAGAGGGAGGAAAAGAGGAAAGAAAAGGACAAGUAAAAAUAACAAGCUGACAGGGCGUUUUUGAAAAGGCCGACAUAGAUGGGCCGGCACUAUUGAAAUAAACAGAUUGGAAUAUUGGAGGGAGGGACACAUGCGGUGAAAGGAAGAGGGCGAAUGCAGCAUCCAGGCUUUGUUUUCUUUACAUGUGGGUGCUCACACAGCAGACGCACACAUACUCCUUGCUGCCAUAACACAUCACCAUCCCACAAAAGAUAGAAAAUGAAAAGAAGAAGAAGAAGAAGAGAGAGUAACAGCGCGGCGUAGACUGUUCGCUUUUUUGAUUCUUCCCAAACAGGUUUAAUUUGAAUUCCAUUAACCUGCUAUUUUUGCAUUUAUGAUGUCACCUGGGAGAUAUUACACAUUUAUAGUCCUGUUAUGUCGCUCUGAUGGGAUGAAAUGGGAGCUCCACUGAUGCAGCAACUGCCAUUUAUUUCAUUUGCAUACUAUUACUGCCAUUCGCUUUUGAUUUGACAUUUUGCCCGUGUAGCUGUGGGUGAAAGCACGCACGGUCACGGCCCAGAGCCUUACUAAAGAUAGACAAGGAGGAGAUACGUCAGAUUAAAUUUGUUUUUUUUUUUGUUGUAUUUUUGUUUUAAGUGAACCACCAUGUGUGUGCUUGCAUAUGUAUACACACAUGUGCAAAGUCUUAGGUCUCCGUCGGGCGAUGUUCAGAUUUGAAAACCAUCCAUCGUCCCCCUUCAGAGGGGAGGGAGGAAGGAAGGGGAGAGAGAGAGACCAGGCCUGUCCAAAUACAUUACAGUAACCAUUUGGAAGACAGUGAGAAAGAGAGGAGAGAGAGCGAGAGAGAGAGGGAGGAAAAAAAGGAAAAGAAAGUGGGACACAACAACAAGCCGUGGGCGCUCACUGUGUGUGUGUGACACUCUGACUGUCCAAUAUGAUCACUGCCUGUGUGAGGCUGGACAGUCCUGCAUUCUUCAACAGUGUGUCAGCGUCACACUCUGGAGGUUACUUGAGGUUGUACGGCGGAAAAAGGAAGAAAUUAGCUAUUAGAUAAAGUCAGGAUACAGUCAGAUACUCAGCACAUUUACUGAAGGUUUAAAGGCACUGUAAGGAGUUUUUCAUUUGUGGAGAAACAGACUGAAACUGAUAUCGAUGCCUCUUCAUGAUGAUCAAAAGCAAAAAAAAGCAAUCAGGGAAAAGACGCUAAUUUUUCUGAGGUUUUUUUCUUAUGCUGAGACCACCCUGAGGGGGAGUUGUCAAACCAAAUGAUUGACAGCAGGCUUGAACAAUAGCAUGUUUGUACUUUUUCACUGCAAAUACUCACAGUGAGUGAGCUCUUUCACAGAAAAAGAUGAGGUUUUGAUCAGAGAACCGUAGAGGAAGACAAAUAAGAGCAAUGACUUUGUCCACAGGGGGCGCCAAAAUCAAUAUGUACCCAAAAUUCCUUACAGUAGCUUUAAAUUACUAAAGAUUAGGUGUUUAAUGAAAUUUGUUUACAGCAUUUUGUUAUGAAAAUAGAGAAAGUUCUAGCAGAUAGACUAUUUUUUUUACCCCAUGUCCAAAUAAUACAGUUUACAGCAUUUUGUUAUGAAAAUAGAGAAAUUUUGAAACUUCAAAUCACUCCUAUAAACACAUCUUUUUUAAAUUGGCUUUUAACCGGUAAACUGUUCUUUUAUUGUCUUCUUAUAUUGUAUCUUUUUAACCGUUCUACACUGUUGGUCUAAUUACUCAAAAUUUUCUGUAUUUCAAAUUUAGUUUUUUUUUUCGUAAAGCGUCUUUAAGCACCUGUAAAAGUGCUUUAUAAAUAAAUAAAAUGUAUUAUUAUUAUUAUUAUUAUUAUUAUUAUUACAAAAGGCCAAUUAUAAUUACAAAACGCCAAUUGUGUAUUGUUUUUACUGCUUUUAACUUUGACUUUCACCUUUUAAAGUCAAAGUUUGAAUUCAUUUUAGGAGAGUGGUUAUCAUUAAAAAAAUAUGAAUCUACGUGAGAUCAUUCGUGCAACUUUCCUACCUGUGGGUUGAGUCUAGAGGGUUUAGGAGCUUGAAGGAGGUCACUUUUUUAACUCUUAAGUUGCAUUCAUUAGAUUUCUUCUCUUGCUAAGAACUGCUUUAAGUUUGCUGUUAAAAUUUAUUGUUCUAACACUCCGGUUUCUCUCCCGUUUUGUCUCCAGACACAGAGGCAGAGAGGAACGCACUGAAAGAGCACGUCUACCCCAAACUACGAGACUUCUGCAGGGAAAACUAUGGGAUUGAAUUCCAGGUAACCACCUGCUUUCCACCCUUUUCUAAAUUUUCUCCUCCUCUGAGCUGCCGUUAACUUCCAGAGCUGCAGUUUGCCAGGUCUGAUUGUUAAGUGCCUCCAAAUCUACAUCAUGGCUUACACAGCCAUCAGCGCCUAAAGGGCCCCCCUGUCGUUGGGCGCUGAGGUUCCUGUCGCUUUAAGCAGACAGAAGGCUAACAGAGAUAAGACCUCCAUCAGCGCACGCUGGCUCAAAUCUGGCCACGGAUGAGGUGGCUGUGAUAUGAGGGGCUUUCCUUUUGUUAUUGCCGGAGAAUCGCCGCAUUCUCCCCCAGCGGUGCCCGCUGAUCGAGAUGAUUUGCAUUGCAAAUCAGUAUCGGUGCACACUUGGAGAGAUUGCUAUCGGAGGUUUGUUUUGUUUAACAAAUCCAGGAGAGCCCUCCAGUCAGGGGGAGAUCUCUGACACAGAUUGUUCCUGGAAGGAUGCAAGGGGAUUUGUUAGCCGACGAGGAGAGCCGUGACCCCUGAAUUGUUGCAGAGAGGAGCUAAUUCUCAUUUCAUGCUAUGAACGUUUGGAUCAUAAAAAAAAGCUCUGAGUACAUCACACCAUCUAAAAUCUGUAAAAAAAAAAGAAGGAGACUCCAGCUGUUGAGAUUUUCAGUAUUAUUCUGUGUUUUGUUUGUGUAAAAUUGAGGGAUUAUCUUUCAUUCUCUACGUAUUUGAGUACAAAGACAAACUCGGAUGAAACCAAACCUCUUUCAGGAGGUUUAAUCCGCCAGGAGGAAUUAUUUCAUUAUUAGAAAACACUUUGUAGUCGAAUUUAAAGCAAUGUUAAUUCAGCUUUGAUCUAGUUUGAAUGCUUCUUAUGAGGGUGUACAAACUUUCUCGGUGGUUGUUUUUCUGUAGCUGAGCUCCUUUCUCUGCCUCCAGUUGAUAGUGUACCUGUCUAUGCUUUCUGAACAUAAUAUCUUAACACAUACUCGUUGGAUUUUCUUUAAACUUGGUACAAAAGUCCACUUAGACUCAAAGAGGGACAUAUUAAAAUUUAAUGAUGAAAGGUCAAAGAUUGUGGGAGUAGUCGCUGUGCACCGAUUUCCUCUCAAAGGUCCAAGUGGUUUAAAAAAAAAAAAAGUGCAGCGAGUUGGCAUUUCGGUCCAAAAGGCCGAAGGUUAAGUAACGUCUGGGUAAAGAAAAGAAAACAUACUCACCAUGAGUCAUGUCCUGUUCUUAUUUAAGUGAUAUUUCCAGAACAGCCCGAGGAAAUUUCUUUAAAUUUGGGACAAGUCUUGGUGCUCACAGGUCAAAAGUUAAAAUCACUGCGGGGUCAUUUCGGUCCCACUUGUUUGAAGUUUUUGUUUUAUCAUCGCGUCCGCCUACAUAGACACUGUGAGUUCAUGAAAUCAAAGGUCAGAGUGCGUGACAGGUUAACGUCUCGGGGCAAAUUUGAAGAAAAUGCUAACAGAUAUAUUAACAUCCAUUAUUGAAGACGGCGUCUUUUCUUCUUUUCAUGGCAUUUAAGACAAAAUUAGAAAGCUAGAAGGCAUAAAAUUUUAAACAGCUGGUCCAGUUUUUGCUCAUCAGAGCGCUACAUUAUUUCAAGCUUUUGGGGAGCGACUUCAUAAAACAUUAACUUUCUCAGGUUAUCGUUUUUUCUCUACAAUGUAAAAGAAAAUGAUGCUCGGUUAUCAAUUCGUCCAGAUCACACAACUCACAUCGUCUAUUUUCUUUAGAAACUGAUAGAAGAAAGGAGAUGGAAAAUACCAGACCUGGAAGAUCUUUGAAUUCUAAACUAAAUAUAAAUAGAUUAGAAAUUUAAUUCAGAUUAAAAAAUCCUGUUUUAUUCACAUCUAUAUCCUAAGUUGUGGUUUAGACUGAACAUUUUUCGUACCAGAUGUGCAACAGUUCACACUUUUGUUGUACAGACUCUGGAGCUCCAACCCUUAUCUCUGAAGAGAGCAAAUCUAUGAACGCAGAGAAAGCACCUUAAUAGCUCUAUUCAUCACAGAAUCCACAUUUUUGGAGUUGAAACCCCACACCUCUGCAGCAGAGUUCAAUAUCAGGGAUACACAUGCGUCAUAAAGUUGAGAGUAGGUGGAAUAUCAAAGAUCGUUAAGCCAUUACAGAGCUUGAUAACGAGCUGAUCAUUUGAAUCAGGUGUGUUGGAGCAGGGAACCAUCCAAAACAUGCAGGGUGGGGGGGCUCAAGGACUGGACUUGAGAACCACUGAUUUAAGAAGUGAACCAAAAAUUCUUCCAGCAGAAUCAACAAGACAGCCAAUUCCCACCUCAUAGGUCAAAAGAAACCCAAAUACUUCCAUGCAUCGAUGUAUAUUCUUGAUUUGAACUGGACAACUUGGAAACUUAGUAAAUUUUCGGUUUAUCGCCCAGCCCUAACUCAAAUGCUUUAAAAAACACCCUGAUACCAAAAGUUAUGACGAUAACUGACGUCAUUUUGCCUAUAUUCGUAUAUUUAUUGUCAAAAAAAAUAAAUAAAUAAAAGUUGGUUUUGGAUUUUCCCAAAGAGGGAAAGACAGGUGAGGAGAUGGAGGACGGUUCAAAAGUUGUAGCGGUGACAGAAGUAGACGUUAAUGUGGGAGGAGGUGAGCAGCUUGUGGAGUAGUUAUCAUCCAUUUAUCGUGAUCGAGGUGAACUGCUUAAUAUAUCGUGAUAUUGCCUUGAGGCCAUAUCGCCCAGCCCUACCCACACUUCUGCAGCAGAGUUCAAUAUCAGGGAUACACAUGCAUCAUAAAGUUGAGUGUCGGUGGAAUAUCAAAGAUCCUUACAGACUUUUAGUUUGUUUAGAAUCAACAAGACAAGACAUCCAAUUCCCACCUCAUAGAUCAUAAGAAACCCAAAUACUUGCAUGCAUCAAUAUAUUCUUGAUUUGAACUGGCAGCUUCAGGCGUUUUUUAAAGCAUUUGAGGGAUUUUCAGUCUUAUUUUUUAAUACAUCUAAAGGUAACCUGCAGUCGAUAUCUGUGCUAGGUAAGGUUUUCAGUUUGCCCAUUCAUGCUUUUUCAGAUUCAUCUUUUUUCCCCUCAAAUACCUUCAAUAUUUAACUCACACUUGGUCUUAGCCGCAGUUACAGGAGGAAACACUUCAGGAGGUAGACUGCAGCCUCUUUUCUUCUUCGGUGUAGGCAUUUACAAAAGCGGUAAUUCUGCUUUUCUGUCGCUGCUGUUGUUUCAAAAAUCUGCGUUUCAAUGGUUUCGUUUGGAGAAGAGCCCGUCAGUGAAUGGGAUGAAUCAUCCAUCAUUUAGAGUGAAGCUCUAAAGCAACAUAAAUCCCUUUUAUAGACAGAUUCAGCACAAAUGUAUUGUCCAAACGAAUACAAUGUUUAAAGGCGAGCGUGUUACAUGAGUCUUAAAGCCAAUUUGCAUUGAUUUACAUAAACUACGAUUAUUACAAGCAAGUUCAAAGGGUCAUGGAUGCACAGAACGAUCUGGGGAGCAUUGUUGAUCCCUAAAACGUGGAUGUUUGUGCGUCAGAGAAAUGGACGAUAAAGCGGGAGAUGAGGUAGUCUGGCUAGAGUUUGCCUGUCUGGUGAUUCAGCUCGCCGUGACGAAGCGUGAGCUGAAAUGAUUAUUCAGGAGGCCAGAGAGUUAAUACAAUGACUCACUUACUCAUCUUUCUUUCCCAAGAUCCUUCACUCUACAUCCUCACCUACGUCUAGUGAGGAUUCGGUUAAAAGCGCCGGUUAGCAGUUUGUUUUUUUUGUGAAUGUGAUCUUCGAGCAUCCCUCCUCUGGUUUAUUUUUUCUCCCUGAUCCUGCCUCUUCUCUUUUCUGUUCACACACUCCCUGACUCUCAGCUGGCACACACUGACACACAUAUGCCAAGCUGAUGAAACCCCGAUUCUCUGCGGUCCCUCAUCACUUGACUCAGUUUCCAUCCAGAGUGUUCCCGUAAGAGGAUGGAGCGGGAUCGCGGCAGACGGCGAGAGGGAUCCAGGCAGGAGGAAAUCCAGCCCAGGGGCCGAGGGCUGCGUCCUCAUUCAGUCAUGCCAGCGGAAACGAGAGAAGGGGAGGGGGUUGAAAGCUCUGUGAUGCCUUUUUUAACCAUUUCAAUCCCCUUGUGUUUCCUGCCCUCUAUCAUGUUUUCUCUUUCAUCGCUUGAUUGUAAGCUAGCUUUCUGGAAACGGCGGGAAAAACGCAGCGAGGGAAUGAUGGAGUGAUGUGUGAGAUGUGUUAGAAAAUGAGGAUCAGACAAGGUUUCUGCGUACUUUCAUCCUCCUCAUAUUGCGAGAUUGCUCGCAGCUAUGGUGUUUGAGUGUGAGAGCUUUGUUUCAUAUACUCGGAUUAAACAAAUGUGCAGUGUCUAACAUGCGCUGGUAUUGGUAGGCUGCUUCUGGUUAAGCUGGAUGUAGUUGCAGAGGAAAUCUAAGGUGCUGGUUGGCCAGUAUAAGUCCACAGAUCCAGUCUAAAGUCCAGUUUUCACCAUGAUUCACAUGCUGAGCUGUCAAUCGACUCUACAUUCCUAUUAUCUUUACCCAUCACGCAUCUCCGGGACUCAUAAAUCAUUUCGUAACAAUGCCUCACUUCCUCCCACAUGCAGCGCAUAAACUGGAUCCCGGGGUUACUGGAAGCUGCUCUGUUAAUAAUGCGGCCGGACCGCUCUAUGGCUGCCAAACUCACUGUCCAUCACGCGCAGACACGCUCAGAGACAGUGUAAUUAAAGUAAAAGUUUCCCCGCUAUGGCUGUGGGAUUGUGUUCAGCGGCUGUCACUCAGGCGUCUUUUAAAACUCUCGGCAGAAGUGGCGAGAUGAGGGGCGAGCCGGCUUUUCAUAAUGAUUAAAAAAAUUAAAAAAUCCUGAUGCUGUUAUGCUUCAACUGUUAAAUAAGGGAAAGUGAAUACCUGUCAAUUAGCAUGAGUGUGAAAUCUCUGUCAUAAAUGUAGAUUGCAUUAAUAAGGGCUGUAGCUGCUGUGAAUUCCUCAUAUUAUAUUGUGCUGUUCAUGUUGAGUAUGCUGUGAUUUUGAAUAGAUUCUGUGUAAUUUUCUGUACAUGAUAGACUCUACUGAGAGAGCAAUGCGUGGACAAAUUCACUCAAAAGCUCACCGUGACACCAGAGAAGCUUUGGCCAAACUUCCUCAUUUGAAAGCCGUUGACUAUUGAUAUGACUGUUUUCAAUAAAUGUCCCGCCAACGAAACAAACACAGCUAAAAGGGUUAGUUCGGAGACUAAAUAAACUGAGUUUAGGCUUAAAAACUUAAAUUUUCCCUAAUUAAAGCUCCUAUAAAGAACUUUUUGUUCAUGUCCAUUUGGCACCCCCCGGUGGUCCAAGCAGUAUCACUAUAACAAAACUAUAUAGAGAUAUUUAUUCUCUAUGGUAAUGGUCCUGUUUGUUUUUUUUUAGCCCACAAAGAGGCAAUCACGAGAGUUUGUGUUCAUUUUAUAGCUAGCUAGUUAGCUAAAAACUGCUCAGAGGAGCUUUAAAGUUAGUGAGUUACAAAAAAAAUCGGCAUUUGAGACAGAUUUCAUGUUACAAACCAAACUGUAAAUGUUUAUUUCUGCUGUAAAAGUUAAAACUUCAAACACUGAGCAUAAUAACAGUUUUUGGGUUUUGGAUCCAGCCUCAAGUGGCCAUUUAAGGAACUGCAUUUUUUUGUAUCAGUUUCAUUAACAAACAUUGGCGAUAGCUUCCCUUAUUAAAAAAAAAAUCAAACUUCUUUUGCCAAAAGCCACACAAAAAGCCAUUGACUAAUGAUAUGACGAUUUUCGAUAAAUGUCUCGCCAACAAAACAAACACGUAAUCGAGGCCAUAGAAAGGCAAUCACAAGAGUUUGUGUUCAUUUUAUAGCUAGCGAGCUUAAAACUCCUCAAAGGAGCUUUAAAGGGAGUGAGUUGCAAACAAAUCAGCAUUUGAGACGGAUUUCAUGUUACAAACCAGACCAUACUAAUUUAUUUCUGCUGUAAAAAUUAGGGCUGCACGAUAUAUUGUUUGAGCAUCGUCAUCGCAAUGUACAUGUGCACGAUAGUCACAUUGCAUCCCAAUAAUCCGUAUCAGCAUCAGCCCCAAAAAAGCCAUAAUCACAAUAUAUAUUUUAGGGUUGAAAAAAACUGCAAUGUUAGUUUUUUCCAAUAUUAUUCAGCCUUUGUAAAAAUGAACAUUUUUAACAAAAGGCAUAAUCACAAUUUUUGGAUUUUGAAUCCAGCCUCUAGUGGCCACUUAAGGAACUGCAUUCUUUUUGUAUCAGUUUCAUUAUCAAACAUUGGCGAUAGCUGCCCCUCAAAAAACAAAAGAACAUUUUUAGCUGGGCUUCAAAUUUACCGAAACACAAGUUAAUCACCUAAAAAAGGAGAAUUACUGUUUGUAAUAUAUUUUUUAUGCUAACCAUUGAUUUGUUUAUGCAUAUAUUUGCAGUUAAGAGUUUAAAAACAAAGGUGCUCCUCACUCCUCCAUCUGUUUACCUAGCUCCCUGUUCCUCCUCUUUGUUCCUCUCAGUCUGUGCUUCUCUUACUCACUGGCAGCAGGCCACCGUCUCUGCUCAUCGUCCUGCUCCGACACUCUGUUUUUCUUUAUUUAUUCCCUGCAAAGAGCGUACCAGAAAGCCAACCGACUCCUCGGGGAUGAUACAGCAAAGAUAAUCAAAAAUCACAUCUGAAGAAAUCUGUCCAAGCUUUCAGUUCUAGUGUGUUUGUAAAACCCAGAGGGGAACUUUUCAGAGCACAAAGGGGAUGUCUUAUUACUGUCACAGUGACGGUUGUAUUUUCAGCCCUGUCUGUUUAUCUGCCUGUGGACAGAAAACGAAUGCUUGCUUGUAAAUUGCAUUUUUUUUUUUUUUUUUGGUCCGUAACUUUAAAACAAAAACAAAGAAUUCUCAACUUGAUUAAGUUCACAAUCUUCUCAGGCGGCACAUUCACUUUUUCACCCACACUUUUUAGCCUUUUAGCCGGCUUAGCUAUCUUCAGCCUUCUUUUAGCCGGCAGCCAGACUGACUCAGAAACACUCUGUUGCUCUGCAAGUUCAUUCACUGGCUGGAAAAGUGUUGAUCCCCAGAAUCCUUCUCUGCAGGCUGCGUCUCUUUGCCAGUAGAGUUAACUUUUUAGUUCAGACUGAGAGUUUUAAAUGGAAGAUUGAAUGCUGCAGGAUACAGUUUUAAAAUUGAAAAUGCAUGAGGAGGAGUUCAUUUUGACAGAGAACAAAUGACGCUCAAUGAUAGACGAUGUAAAAUUCUGAAAAAAUCAUCACCUAUCUGAAGUUGACUUUCGAAGCCGUCGUCUCAUCGCCAGUCAUGUGACCUCAUUACCUCACGUCUCUGCCCGCCUCUUAACCCUAACCAGCUACGGUUGAGCUGCGACGCCUCAAACUCCCGUCCUGUAAUUACCCCGGAGUGCCCGAGCCUGACAGAUUUUCUCAGAGGCGUGUGUUCGAAACACUCCCCCGGCGCCCAUUAUUGACAACCUAAAUCAAAUAUAUUGGAUUCAGAAAUCAACCAUUGGAAUAAGCGUAAGGAUCCGAAGCUGAAACUCUCUCGCUCUGAACCGUCUGUACUCGCUUCUGCGAACAGUUUGCACUUGUACUGCUGCAAAAAUGUAAUAUUUAGUGACAGAUUUUACGCUAAAACCAGCACUAAGAGAGCUGUUUUCAUCAAAUAUUCUUAGAGAUUUACUUCAUGUUCUGGAUCAAGCUGCCCGCAGUCGAGGGCUUAAGAUACAUUUAUGUUGGCGGUGUAUCUAUUUUUACUCUUGUUUCUUGCCUAAGUCUCUCUGCAUGUCGAAGGGGUAUUUUCCGCCCUUUCUCUCGCCUGAUUUCACGCCCUUUCUUCCCGGGCAUCUUGGGCAUAAUCCAAAAGUUUAAUAGUCUCACAUUCAAUAAAUUAAAAAAAAAAAAAAAAGGCUUCCCUGCACUUGACCCGCCAUGAGCAAAUGCCUUCCAAGGGCGUUAGAAAGCCGCUUAGUGGAAGCAGCUUCGAAUCUUACGUAAGCAAAGGCACCCCUGCUUUUAUAGUUGAGACGGGGGGAGACGAGGGAGAGAUUGGCAUGAAGGAAAAAGAGGCGAUGUAAGAGAGCUCCAGUCCCACAGGAGUCAUCGACUCGUUUAAAAACUUGUCCUAACUAAUCUCCCGCCAAAAUACCUCCCCUCUUAACUUCGUUUAUGCGCUCCUGCCUGUUUCAGAUAAACAUUCCUUCACUUUUCCUCCGUCAUCUAUCUUUGCCUUCCCUCCGAUUUCCAGCGAGGCGCAGCGGGUGAUUAGGCAAAUUUAAUGAGUAUGUACCCCCCACACACAUCUACACACAUGAAUAGAUAUGACUAAUGUCUUCAUUUAGCUUUUAAUUACUGUGAAUCCUCCCCAUCACCUGCUGAAGCCCAGUAGAAACCAGUCAUGAUCCGGGAAGAUGGGGGGGGGGGCUUAUUACCUCACUACCCCCGCCUCACUUCCCCCCACUCUCCCUCCCCGCAGUCCUUGUCAACACAGAGCCGAUCACUCUCCCACACAUGUGCGUUGGAAGCUGGAAGCAGAUUAGAGACACUGAUACACAGUGACUGAUGUGAGUUUUCUACAACGUGAGGGAUGCUAAUCAUAUUUGUGUGAGCCAGGAGAGAAUUUCAAAGUAAAAGCCUGCAGUGCUUCAACCUCUCUCUCAGCUAGUAGCGAAAUAGUCUACCCACUAAAAAGUUCUAAAAAUACCAACAAUUAAUGAUGGUUGAAUCAAACAUGGAGCGAAACUUGCUUCUCUGAAAGACAAAUACUACUUUAUCAGUUUUUAACCCUUUAAAAUCCUGUCAUGACAUCAAGAGUUAAAGUGUUGGGGACCAAUACCUACUGAUAUUUCUAUUUAAGAACACAGUGAUACCAGCAUCAGUAUUCCUAUUAAAAACCAAUACUGAUACAUUGAUUGGCGUCCAUUUGAAGACGGAUACCCAUACCAGUGCAGUACCGGUAUCGACAACAGAAACUAGUACAGAUAUAGUAAUACUGACAUAGGAAUAAGCAUUGAAAACCCAAUACAAAUACUAGUAUAGAUAUCAGUAUCGAAGUAGAAUUAAUACUGGUGUGGAAGUUGGAAAUGAAAAAAAAACUCAUGGCAUGGGUGAUUUGGAGACAGAUAUUGGUAAGGCUAUCAGUAUCAAAGAUAGAUACUAGUAUGACUAUCUAAAGACUGAGUGUUGGAGACCAGUAUCCUUACUGGUCUAGGUAUCCCUAUGUAAGACCACAAUGUUACCAGCAUCAGUAUUAGUACAAAAAACAGCAACUGAUAUAUUGAUUGGCAUCCAUUUGAAGACAGAUAUCCACACCAGUGCAGUACUGGUGUCAACAACAAAAACUAGUACAGAUAUAGUAAUACUGACAAAGGAAUCAGCAUUGAAAACCAAUACAAAUAACAGUAUAGAUAUCGGUAUUGAGAAUAGAAUGAAUACUGGUGUGGGAAUCAGAAAUAAAAAAACUGACCAUAUUGGUCUUGGUGUUUUGGAGACAGAUAUUGGUAAGGAUAUCAUUAUUAAAGAUAGAUACUAGUAUGACUAUCAAAUGGCUAAUAUUGGUAUAGAAAUCAGCUUCAACAGGAGAUACCAAUACUAGAAUAGGUAUCAGUAUUUAAUACUGAUACUAAUACUGGUAUAGAUGCCGUAUUGGAUAUUAACACUAAUCAUGAUAUCGGUAUGGUAUCAAUAUUGAAUAUUAACAGUGACACUGAUCAUUAUAUUGGUAUAGGUAUCAGUAUUGAAAAUGAACUAUCAGUGUUAAUAUUGAAUAUUAACACUGAUACUGGUAUCGGUAUAGGUGUCAGGUAUAGGAAAUUUGGUGCUCUUGCAGGUAUCAGUGUUCAAUUCUGAUUCUGAUAGUACACUGGGUAUUGCUGUAGAAGACUUAUUACAUUUUAUUUUGAUGUCUUGUUCGACACCAAAAAAAAGAUGAUUUUAUUUUGAGUAUAGGUACUUCAGUGUUUACUUUAUGACGACAGUUAUCAAUAGUAAAAGGUACUGUACAGAUAUUUGGAUGAUUAUUCCGGGUUGUAAAUGUAUUGGACUUUAGGAUAUCCUGAAUUUUUAUGAUUUGGUGUACAGGACAGGGCAAAACUGAAGCAUAAUGUAUUUUGUGCUUUUUCUUUUUCUUAUAUUGUUUUUUUUAUGUAUUUAAUGGAAAAAUAAUCACCAUCCAGUGUGUUCAGUUCACAGCUGCCACACUCAGUCUAUUCUUCAAGAACACAAGGAUGAGAAAAAAGAUAGCCAGCGUCUGAAAUAACUGAUACAGAAAAUAUUUCCAUUAGCAUCCCUGCUCUCUGUAAUAAAUCUGCAGCUGGUUGAAGCUGUCGCCCCCCUCAGUCACACAGCUGCUCACAGGUGCACAACAAUAAUCAGCCAGAUGAGCCGAGGUGUAUCUCAGCUCCCCCCCUGCUGCUCCCACCAGUGCUGAGGGAGGUGAAUAUCUCACACACUGUCAAAAGGAAAGUCCCACACUCUCUGUUUCAGCGCCGGGGCUGUGAUGCAGAGCUGUCGUCACUCUGUUCUUUGCCACACUGCGGAUGUGUCAGUCAUCGUGUGCUGGACUAAACUCAUCUGAGCGAGCUGGUCUGCUGUGCAGCAGAGCGUGAAGGGAGACAGCAGUACUUUGGCUUCACUUCCUCCUUCGGCUGCACCCUCUGUAUUUUACUCCUCUGACAGUGCGAUCAGGGAGGAAGAGCAUCUGAAUCAAAAGCUGCAUGUAGAGAUGUCCCCACAACAGCAUUUUACCUUUAAAAUACAGCUUAUAAGAGUGUGUAGACUUUCCCUCACCACUCUCUCUGAUGGGAGACUCCCCCCGAGGCGUGUUUACAGCUCAAAUUGCCUGAGCUGCCAAAGUUGUGUUGAACGCGUGGAGGGAGACCCCCCUCUGCGGCGUGUGUGUGUGUGUGCAGUAUGGAUGCGUAUGUCGCCUCUCCCUGCUGGGCUGUGAAAGUGGUGUACCGGGUUCUCCUGAAACAGAGUAGGUGUACGUGUGUGCGUGUAAGUCACUGCUGAAGUGAGAUUUUUUGAGUGUAAGCCGUCUUAUCCUCAUUUGAGCUGUUUAGCUUUUGUUUAAUUACACUUUCAGGAUCUGGGAAACGUCAAACUUGGCAUCAGCUGGACUUAAAUUCCCUCAGAUAGAGCAACGGGUUCAUCUGACUUUGCUUGGAAACUUACCAGCAAGCGUUUGGUUUUAAUAAGAUAAAUGUUCCCUGAAGAGAGUUCUUAAAUCUGCGUCCUCUUUUUGAGGUAUUUACUCUGUUUAAAGAUGAUAUAAAUAUGAAGGACGAUGAAGUAUUUUGUGUCAUAUUUCUGCUGGUUCGUCUAUUCUCUGCUCUCACAGAAACAUCCGUUUUGUCUUCUAUUUGUGUUUUCAGGUGGUGGACUUGUACUGGGGUGUGGACCCAGAGGAGUGGGACAGUCCAGAGCUGCAGAGACUCAGAAUGAAGCUGCUGGAGGAAUGUCUCCAGACCUCAGCGGGGCCAUGUUUUGUCGUAAGUAUCACACACUGGUUAAAGUUACAUCUCAGGAUUGGAUAUGUCAUCAAGUUCAGAUGAUAUCUACGUUCAAAUCAUCAUAUGGCUUCACUCAUAUUUGAAAACGAAACAGGAUAUCUGUAAAAUCAGCAUCUGCUCUGCUUUUUCUCCUGACAGUUGAUGAUAUUGCUCUCUAUAAACAUUCACAGAAAUAGACAAAAAUAUUUAAAAACUGCUGAUAGGACUGUAGAUAUCUGUGUUACCUAAAUAACAGGGGAAACAAACCGACAACUAAGAACAACGACAAUAAUCUUUACAGUUUUUCCUAAAAGAUACAAAAAAGUGUAUCCUAUUGUAUCACAUUAUAUAUCCCAUCAUAUCAUAUCUCAUCCUAUUGUAAUGUAAAAUAUCUCAUUGUCUCAUAUCGUCUCAUAUCUCAUCAUGUAUCCUAAGGUAUUGCACCUUACCUUAGCAUGCCUUAUCCUUCCUUUAUGCCUUCAUGAAGUACCAUUUAUCAUUUCAUACUCCAUUAUAUUAUAUUGUAUCGUAUCAUAGUGUCAUGCCGUGUCAUACCAUAUUGUAUCAUAUCAUAUCGUACAGUAUUGCACUAUUCUAUACAGUGUUGUAUGGAAUAGAAUGCAAUGAUGUCAUGUUCUAAUCUGUAUUGUAAUGUAUCAGAUCAUCAUAAAUGUCAUAAGGAAUCCAAUCAAAUUAAAUAGAAUAAUUUGGAACUAAAUCAUAUCAUAUUGUCUUGUUUCGUAUCGUAUUGAAACGUAAUGUAUCGUGCUGUCUCGUGCCAUAUUGUUUUACGUUUCAUAUCUUAUAGUAUCAAAUCAGAUCAUAUUGUAUCGUAUUGAAUCGUAUCAUAUCAAAUAUACUGUAUCGAAUCAUAUCGAAUUGUAUCAUAUAGUAUCAUAUCAUACCGUAUCGAAUCAUAUCGAAUCGUAUCAUAUCAAAUCGUAUUAUAUCAAAUCGUAUCGAAUCGUAUCGUAUUAUAUCAUAUUAUAUCAUAGCAGAUCGUAUGGCAUCAGAUCGUAUCGUAUCAUAUAUCAUAUCGCAUUGUAUCAUAUUGUAUUGAUUUGUAUCAUAUUGUAUCAUAUCAUAUUAUAUUGUAUCAUAUUAUGUCAUAUCAUAUCGUAUAGUAUCGUAUCCUAUCGUAUGGUAUCGAAUCGAAUCAUAUUGUAUCAUAUCAGAUUAUAUCGUGUCGUAUCAAAUCACUUCACAUUUUAUCGAAUCGUAUCAUAUCGUAUCAUAUUAAAUUAUAUCGUAUUGAAUCGUAUCAUAUCAUAUUGAAUUGUAUCAUACUAUAUUAUAUCGUAUUGAAUCGUAUCAUAUUGUAUCAUAUUAUAUCAUAUCAGAUUAUAUUGUAUCAUAUUGAAUUGUAACAUAUCGUAUUGAAUAAUAUCAAAUCGUAUCAUAUUGUCGCCAAUCAUAUAUUGUAUCACAUCAUAUUUUUGUAACGCAUGGUGUAAAAUCGUACGGUAUCGAAUCGUAUCAUGUCAUAGUGUAUUGUAUCUAUUGAGUAAAAUCUAAUUAUCAGUCAGUUUUGGAGGUGUGGCAAGAUCACACCAGAAAUAAGCCCUACAAAUAAAAAACUCUGUUUUCAGAGAUUUUAUCUGCACACAGGAACCCUCUUAGUUGUUUUAAAUAAGCUUUUUACCAUAACAGCUGACUGGGGUAUUAUGUUGCUUAAGAUGCCAUCCCCUCAGAAUAUUUAUUUAUGCAUGAAAACUAGAAAAAAGUGUCACAGAAGUAUAUCAGGCGAUGAUAUUGGAAAUAUGGAGAAGCUUAAAUUACACAUCUGUGAAUGAGUUAUGUGAAGACCCCUGCAAGGAGACAAAGUGUCAUGAUGCGUAAUUAUUACGGCUGACAUUUCAGUGAUCUUUUGGAGAUAAUUUUAGGCCAUAUAGAAAAAAAGAGGCAUGAGGAAGGAAAGGGUUGAAGACUGGAGAGAAGAGAGGGAUGACGGGAAGAGAAAUUGAUGGUGAAUUAUUCAAAUGGAACAGAUCCGUUUCCAGAGGUUGGAAUUGAGGUGAGAGAUCACAGGGAGAAGUAAUGCAUUAUGGGUAGAGUAGGAGCGCUGGUCUCCAGGGAGCAUAAUCUCCUUCACUAGACUGUGUGCUGUAUUUUCAUCUCCUACAACCCUGCAUGCACCGCUUCUUCAUCCAAGAGUUGUUGCCCUCUUUAUUUGUCACACAAACACUUUUUUAGCUGCAGAACAUCAGCCGCUCUUUAUGAUUUCUUUUCGUUUAUUUCCACGGGAGAGAUGCUUCUCUGAUGCCAGAUUUACUUGUUCGAGAACUAUGUGUUACAGAAAUACAGAAAAAGUUACAUAAUGCUAAAAAAUCAAAAGCAUGUAGAGAACUUUCCAAAUGUAAUUAUUGUAUUUUGCAGCAGGUUAGUACCAUGACUGUGAAGGCCGAGUCUCUUAGAAAUGGAGGAAGUUAGUGGGAGGACCGCAUCAGCAAAUACUUCAACAAUUUCUGAUUAAAAGUCAAAAAGUGCAAAAAAUCAGACUCUACAGCAAGGGUGGGCAAUUAAUUUUUACAUGGGACCACAUGAGAAACCUGAACUGUGUUGGAGGGCCGAACUAACAAUAUCACGGGGGCUCACACAUACAGAAAAGCAAACCCAAAUAAGCAACUACUAGUUAAAAACAAGCCCCAAAAAAGCGCAAACGCAACUCAUGAGUUUUACAAGCAACUUCUGAGAGAAACAAGCUUUAAGUCCUUUUAAAUAAGCGGACUUGGCAACUAUAAGCCCACUGAGCAACAGACGGCUAUUAGACGUCUAGUUAUUUUUUAGACCUAAUUUCAACCGUCUAGAUUCUGUGUAUCUGUAGACGGAAUUUAGACGUUGCACUUUAACCCGCUAUUUGAUAAGUAUUUAUUUCGAAAAGCAACUGUGAAUUGCAUAACUGAUGUCCAAGUACUUAACCAAAAUAAUUAUGAGACCUCUGUUAGCUGGCUAGUCUAAACUCGGCCUAAAUUUAGACGUCGCAAAACUUUUAUUUUUAGACCUGUGGUGGCCUGAUUUUAGACCAGUCGUCUAGACCACAUUUAGACGUCUAUUAGACCUCUUUUAGACCAAAAAAUGCUCAGUGGGAGGCGUCUACGAAUAUUUUGCCGAUAUUUAAACUUGUCUCUGUUCUCAAAUGCAGAUCGAGGAUGUACGCACGUGUGACCAAAUGGAAAUAAAACAACAGCUAGGUUUUCAAAAUAAACGCGACAGACUUUUAUAGUAUGUUGAUGACUUGAUUGAUGGACCUCACGAAGGGCCGGGCAGGGAUGUGGCCCCCGGGUUGUAAAAUGCCCAGGUCUGCUUUACUGUAACAUUGAAGACUUAGUGGAUCUGGCGGAAUUUCAAAAUAGGCCGAAAAACUGUGGAACUGCAUUCAAAACAGACAUGACUCUGUCGUGUAAAUCACCACAUAUGCUCUUCAAACCACAAUUACCACAAUCCAGAGACCUCCCCAGGCCUGAGCCCAUCCAAGAUGGACUGAGGUGAAGCAGAAAACUCUCCUGUGGUCUGAUGAGUCCAACUGAGACGCCACAUUCUCUGCUUUAAAGAAGGGGGACCACCCAGUUCAAACACUUCAAUUGAAGCUAAAGACCCUGAGUGGAGCUUACUUCGUAUCAACCAAACAAUUUCAUGUCUCUAUCCACCAGCAAGAAACCAUGACAACUCGCACGCCGAAGAAAACUCAACACACAAAAGAAAACAAUCUCAAGAAAAGCUGGACAAUUUCCGCACAAAAGCAGCAACAAGAAGCCAGUAAAGCAAAGACAGCAGGGCGAGCAGAUCAGCAGUCAAGUUAGCGAGUGGAUACCAACGCUCACAAAGACAACAACUGAACACAAAACAGAAGCUGAACAGAGCCAAGAAGCACAAAACGCACAAGCAAGGAAAAUCUGGGAGCUUACUUUGAUGAAGUGAGGCAGGUUUAUCACGGAGAAGAAAAUCCCUCACAGGCUGGAAACACUCGGAGUGGAGACGAGGAGAAAAACAAAAAAAUGUGUCAAAAAAAAGCAGCAGAAACAGUUUAGAGAGUCGAGAGCGAAGAGUAUUAUCCACAAACAGACUUUUCUCUUGGAUGGGUUUCCUAGCAGCAGCUGAUAGUGUUUGUAUGAGAGGAGGAAGUGAAAAAAGUGGGCGUGGUCUAGAGUUUUAAAUUUUAAAAAGACCGCCCUCUGCUUCAAGGUGCGUUAGAUUCGCGCUGCAGCACCUCCAGUUUGUCACGUGUCAUUUGUCUCAUUCAGUUGAAUCCAAAGAACUUGUGUUGUGAUUUAAACGAAGAUUUGUCACACAAGUGGACAGUUUCUGGAUGUGCAAACACAACUCUCAUUCAUGCUUGACACAAAGAUGAACUGUGCAUCUAAACAAACAUUUCUUUAGUCUUUUUUUCUGCUUUUUGUCAUUUUUUAUUCCUUCAUUGUGGAAUUCAGCCUCCAAAACGCUGUUCGGCGUAAGCUCAAUCAGUCGAAAAUGUCCAGGUGCGUUUUGAAAAGAAGCGACACAAACUACCUUUUUGUGCCGCCGGGCUUAGCGCUGCUCAUCCCACGCUUAUUUCAUUCAUUCACCGCGGCUCCGCUGCCCUCUGUCUUUGCUGCAAUUUCACCGUCUUAACCCCGGCUGACCCCUGAGGAACGGCACACAACACACUGCAAUAACACACACACGUCUUUGCUGAUUUCCUACACACAAACAGCAUCUUGACCCGAGGCGUUUCAUCUGUUGCGAGAUUGAGAAUCUGUCAGGGUAACUCGGGGUGAUACACGCUCUUUACACACCUCCACAUGCAGGCGUCGCGCACAACUCCUCCCCAUCUGGAUUCCUGAAUGUUUGAUGGUAAAACGCUCUCGUACUGAAGAGGGAUUUUAGCUCCACAGUCUCCACAGGCUUGCGAGAGCCAGCUGCUCCGGUCCCUACAGUUAGGGCUCCCUGUUGGUGCCACGCUUCGGGUUGGGCCUUUUCUCCACACUGGGGGAGCUCCAAGCAGCGGCGCCAGCGUUGGAGUCCUUUGAUCGGGGACUCAGAUCCCCGGUUAUGACAGUUCUGGGUUGUUUGGGCUAUCUCCGGAGUGCCGCUGUUUAUUUUUAUGAGGUGGUAGACCUAGAUAAACGUGUGAGGACGGAGAAAACAUCAGCAUUAUUUAGACUCUUCUUGUUUUGGUAACAGUGUACAGUUUGUUUGUUCUGUUUGUCCUUUGCUUUUUCACUAGUUUCAGAUUCCUGUUUUAAAAGAAAUCACAGUUUUAACUCUUGGGAAGUUUGUCGUCUGUUUAGGCCCUCAGAUAUCAGACGCAGGAAUGAAGACAGAUGAAGAUGUUGGAGGAGAAAAAUCGCAUUCAGGUUGAUUAUUGAUGCAGGGAAAAGCAAAGACAAAAGAUGUGUUUGUCUGCAGAGAUGACAGGAGAGGAGAGGAGGGGGAGGGUCUGAGGUUAAAGUGGGAAUUACAGCUUCCAUAGAAACAGCACAGAGGACUGUCAGGUGGAGUGUAGGUUGAAUUCUUGCUGAAUCUGACCUCAUAGUACACCUAUUUUUACCUCCUUCUACCUUUAUGAAACACACUUCCUCUGUGGGAAGGGAAUUUGUUGCACUUUCUCUAUUAAGAGUUUAUUUCUUUUAAAAAACCGUGAAAACCCUGACUCUUAAAAGGCGAAAAUUUAAUAUGUUUUAAGCCGAUACGUGUGACUGUGAAGACUCAGAGUUGUCUUUGCAGAGUCAAUUCUUAUAAACCCGCCUUUUAUUGGACGUGUCAGUCUUUCUUUAUGAGCGAGAAUCAAUUUCAGCGAGUGUCUUUCAAAGGGCACAGCUGAACACAAGACAGGUGGCGGUGCAGGGCUGUUAAACACACAUUCACACACAUACACGGAGAGAAAUACACACACACACAACACCACCAAUUUGCUACACCUGGCUGAGAGAUGAGGGGGCUUUUCUCUAACCUGUCGAUGCAAUAAAGACCGUUUCCAUGGUGAUGGCAGGGGGUUGGCAUGGUGAUGGUGUCAUUGACCUGGAGAUUAAGCAUGUCAAUGAGCCAUGUCUGUUUGUUUUUUUUUUUUCACCUUCUCCGCAUCCUUCGCUCUCCAACAGUCUCAAAUUUCCCGCCUGGAAGAUUUUUAAGAGAACUUGACAAACGCCUCAAGGAUGAAAAAAAAAAAAAAAAAGCUGCUCAUCCGGUUUUCUGUUUCUUUUUUUCUUUUUUUUUUCUACUUUCUUAACUAUGCAGUCGGUUCACUUCAUGUAAGAGGAUAUUUUGGGCUCGUCUUCUCUUUCAGUGUCUCAUCCAUUCAGUUAAAAUGAUGUAACUGCUAACAUGAUCGCUUGAACCGACUGGUUUAAGACGCCUGUAAAUGAUAUAGUUCGUCAAAUCUGAAAGAGCUGAAAUAUGACAGCUAUGUUUUUUUAUUAUUAUUUUUUUAAUGGGACCCCAAUUCCAAAAAAGUUUGACCAUAUCUGAUGCUGAAAUUGGAAAAACUGUGCAAAAAAUUGCCUGAGUAUAAAGAUAGAUGACACACCUCGGCAGAUCAAUUUGCAAAUCAAUGGAAAGAGACACCUAUAAAAAUAGCAUAAACAAAGAAAACAAAACAAGUCUUAAAGGAUAUUCCGGUGUAAAUUUAAGUUAUGGUCAAACAGAUCAAAACACAGAGUUAGACACCCCCUCGAAAGAUGAAUGUCGCUGACCGCUUGCUUCUCUAGUUAAACCGACUUUAAUAACAACCGCACGAUAGCAAUACACAGCUGUCUACAUCUCUAUAGCCACAAAUAAUGCUCAGAACAGCACCUAACUUCAUCCACAGUACAUAUAGGGUCCCAGCCACAGCACUAGCCACCAAACAUCUUUUUAGCAUCGCCUGAUUUCUUUAGCAAAGAGACUAAACACAACUCACCUACUCUCCUCCAGCAGCCGCUUGUUUGUUGGGAGAGCCCUGACGAGUCGAUCACAGAGUGCAGCGGAGUUUCGCAGCUCAAGGAAAAACAUCAUUACUUCAUGGAAAUGGAAUCAGACCGAGACGCUAAGGCAGAAGAACUACUGCGUCUGCAUGAAAAUGAUAAUUAUUACUUCAAGUUUAAAAGUACAAAUGAGAAAUUUGAAGCAUUCUAGGUAAAUAUAUAUAUAUAUAUAAAGUGCAUAUUUGUGUGUAUAUACCUAUAGGUAUGGAUGUAUAUAUGUAUAUAUAAGAUCUUUGCUUCAGUAUUAAUGAUGAGUUACAUAUUCAUGUUAGAUUUGGAGCUUUGGUAACUUUUUUGCGACAUUAGAAUUUCUAGAUUUUAAAGACAUGUAAAGGGUAAAUAAAUAGGAGGGUAGGUACAUAAAAUCUAAAAAUUAUACUGUAUGUAUAUUUGAUCGAAUAAACAAUCUAUGUUCAUGUUCAAGGAAAUGAUACGCUGCACUCGGUGAUCAACUCGUCAAGGCUCCCCUCAAAAUCAAGGAAUAUCCCUUUAAGAUGGAACCUUGAGGGACCCCAUAGGUCGUGGGGCUGCUGCAGAAUAAGGAUGGAGACAGUCAUCCCUGACUAACAACACUAACCACUUAGGACAGUCCCUUUACACCUACACACAACUCAAUCUGGUCACAGACUCAGCAGUCAAGCCUAGUCGCACCAGCACAGUCGUCACAGUUGUCGUUUUACAUCAGCCGUGUGUUUUAUAAGGUCGCCUGAAAGCCCUAAACUUGUGCUUUUGACCUUUUCGUCUGCGGCUCUGUUUUCACAACAGCAGACGAGCUGCAGUCGGAGAAGUCUGAGUAAAACAGCGAAUCUACAUGUUACCAAAGAGAAAUAUUAGUUUCUCCUCAUUUGUCAUUUCCCUCUCUGCAGUGCCGAAGCUUAUGCAGCAAAUAUCUGCACACUUGCUGCUGUGUUUCAUUGAUUGAUCGGCCGUGUGAGUGAUUGAUUUGUUGAUUCGUACUGUAGCUGCACACAAUAUCUUGGUCGCCUUUUUCCCAACCGGCUCAUCAGAUAAAGUGCACUUAGCUAGGAUGAAAAACAGAGAGGAGGGAGGAAGGAAGGAAAGGGGAGUGCAGCUAAAACUGGGGGGGUUCAUUCUGUCUUACCCCUAUGCUAAUGCUAAAGGAUAUCACACAGGAGAGGAGAGGUGUGACUGUGUGGGAAUCUGAACACCUGAUUUUGUCAUUUUGAUGGAGAACUCCAGUUGGUUUUACUCUAAUCUCCUUCCACACACACACACACACACACACUCGGUCGCUCACACUCUUGGUUCAUCCUGUGUUAUCACCGCGAGGCGAGCUGACAGAGACUUUGUCAGCAACUUGGAGAGAGACUCUCUCACUCUCUCACUCACAGUAUACAGCGCGUCCCUCUCUCAGCACUACUUUGGUUCAGCCCAACCCACAGACACCUCUCUGCAGUGCAAUGACUCACAGGGUGGAUGAGGUGACCUGCAGGGCGGCCCGGGGCACCGAAUCAGUCCUGUUAGAGGUCUUGGAAAGAUCUAAGAAUUAGAGUCUGAGGCUUAAAUCGGUUUGGAUCACAGUUUGUUUGUAAGGCAAAUUGCAAACAGCCUUUUUAGUCAUCUGUUUAGAGUAGAGUGAGAGACUUUUGAUAGAUUUAAGGUAUUUAGGAUUGUUAGCUCAAAAGGGGAAGGAUUAGACAUUUGGACAAAAAGAGUUGGACCUCAUUUUCCCUAAAAGAUCUUUCUCCUCCAAGAAAAUAACCGUGUUUUCAAGUUACCCUGAACCAAAACCAGCCCCUCUUCUCUCAGACUGAAGGCUUCAACACAGCUCGUGACCUUCCCCAUCAAUAACGACUGAAAAUAGAGAGUUUUGUUAUCUCUUAAACUCUCAUUUUGGCAGUAACAGAGCAGAGAGGAAUUAAUUUCCUUUCCUACUUUGUUUUUUUCUCUCUGUUUUGUAUUCUCCUUCUCAUGGCCACGCUCGUAUUUAGUACCUGAGCUCUUUUCUGGCUUUAUGAAUGGGCUUCCAAAUUGAGGUCGCGAGUGGGUUUAGUGUUUAUUACUUAUAGCAGCAACACUUUCUAUUCAUUCUCUCUCGUUUUAUUGCACAGAUUUUCCUAUUUGCAUGAUUUUUGAAUAUUCUCUCUCGUGUUUAUAGUGUUUUCCCCCAGGGUGUGGUACAUAUACAUUUAUUAUACAGUCCUGAUUCAAACGUUAGUCAGCCAAGUGCUUAAACAAAGCAUGUGAUCCAACACCGACCAGGAAAAAUAGCACCUCCUCCUCCAAAACAACUGGUUAUGCACAUAGAGAUAGUACAAAGAAGCUGUAAAGUGACCUUUUGUACCAAAGCUGUGGGAAUGUAAAUUAGUCUACCAGAGGCAUUAGUGGGUUUUGAGAGUAGGCCGUUCCUACAGCCCGUGCCACAUGCCAUCAUCUGAUUCUGCUUGUUCUCUGCAUCUGUUCCCACUGCGAAUGCCAAGGCGAGCGAGGAGUCCAACAUGGAGCGGCUUUGAAGCGUCAUUGCCGCGAGCGAGAAAACCGACGUCGUUUUUCCUGCUCAUCGAAGCUCACAGUCCCUCGCUUGCUUCUGCGUCUUCGCCCCCGAGGCUUCAGCUGCAUGAGAAUAACGACAACGCGGAGUAAAGAUCAGCUGGUCAUGAAGUGGAGGAUUUCCUGUGUUUUUUUUCUUUUUUUUACCCUUCCCCUUUUUUGUCUUCAUUUUCGCUCCCAUUGUUAAAAACGGAGGGGGAAAAAUGGCCCUGAUCGUUUCCGACUGCCACUCAAAAAGACGUGUGCCAAGAAGCCAAGAGGAAGAGUGAGGGGCUCAUUGGAGCUUACAGUAGAUCCGCCAUGUGGAGUGGGAGAUAACAGUGGGAUGAAAAGGCCACAAUUUGAUUUGAUGAUGCCUAAUUAUGCGGCUUCUACGUCGAGUGCUUCCUAGAUAAAAAGGUUGUUGGGCGCACAUGUAGGUAUUGACUGAUAAGCCUGAUGAUGACGAAGAUGAAGAAGAUGGCAUAUUUAAAUUGAAUUCCAGGUCUUAGAUUGUAUCUGCGAAUCUACAUACCCCUCCUUUCAUUAACUCAUUAAUUCCCUUUGAGUCAAAACGGUCCCAUCUGUUCUACAUAUAAAGCAAAUCUGCUCAUUUUGUUAAUUCCACUGAUUACGGAGCAUUAACACAUUUGGCUGAGGCUGAAUGUUUUAUUUAACAGUGUGACAUUCAGAGCAGCAGCAGAGCGAAUCAGCUUUCUUACUGAAAACAAUAAAUUAUGUCGAAGAAAGAGAAGGACCAGCUGUAGGAAACGGUCUCAGGGUACUUCAGUUUUUGCGCCAUUGUAAUGUCACCCACAAAGGACGGAAAACACACACAGUCACAAACAAUGUCCGCCAAGAAGAGUUUGAGGAGAUGUUGUAGAACGAGAAGGGCCGAUGAAGUGUCUUUUUUUCUGGAGUGAGCUUGGAAAGACGCUGAAAAAGAAACAUUCAGGUAGUUGGUUAGUUUCCACUGCAAAAACUCUCCUCAGGUACUGAGUGCUUGAGGAGGUACUUUGCUGUGUUUCCACUGCAGGACCCAUGGUCAGACUGAUGUGAAUUUUCAAUAGAAGGUCUCUUCGACAAGUGUUGUGUUUUCUGAAAGUACAGGGACUAAAGGUGGAACUCUUAAAGUGAGAUGCCACUGCAGGAACUUUUUUUUAUACUUUUUUAAGAAACUCAGUAAGUAUUUGUCCCAGGAACUUCUCCUGGGACAAGGGACUUGAAAGAGGUUCUUAGUGUGUUUUUAUUGCAGGAACUUUCUCAAUUUGGACUAUAUAUCACUAUGUUAGAACCAGGUUCCAGCUUAAUCAAACUGACCUAUGCUAUCCCCUUGUAAGAGCUUUGUCAGGGGAGGUUAAAAUUUUCUGAAAUUAUUUGGACUUGAGGAGGUACUUAGUGGGAUUCCAUUGCAGGAACUUCCUCUGGUGACUGAGAAAAUUGGAGGUACCUUAUGUGCUCCCCUCAUAGGAACUUUACUCGAGGACCGGGAUUCUACGAAGGUCCUAACUUUUGUUUCUAUACAAGGAACUUCACCGAUGAACUUCGGACUCAUUGUUGCAUAUGCUCAUUGUUUCCACUGUGGGAACCAAGUUCCAAAUAAAGUCCAAGUAACUUUAUUCAUCCCCCGAAAGGUCCCUGCAAGUGUUACUUUCUUUAAGUUCAGUGCUUUUGACGAGAGGAACUUUUUUUCCUGGUGCUUAAAGUGGUUCUUUGUGCCGAAACAAUUACCACCAUCAUAUGUGGUACUUUCAGAAACUUCAGAGACUUCGGAGGGUGACUUGGAAUUUGUAAAGUACUAUCAGUACUCAGAUGACCCUCUCAAGGAUCAGAAAAAUUGGUGAAACCCUGAUAGGAAUAUGGUUGAGGAACCUUUUGUUCCCACUGGACUUGAAGUCUUCAGUGAUUUUAGUGGAAAGGUGGCUUUAGUGGUGCAAUUAUUGUCGUUUGGAUUCCUGUACUGACUGGUUCAGACACCUGAACAGGGUUUUUAUCAUCACAUUAUCCCAGUUUUUUCUCUUUGGGUAGUACUAGAUCAGAUCCAGAUAUGUAAACAAAGUACUUAAACGCACAAACACAGACUCCUGGAGUGUUUUGGUGAUUGUGGACGACCAGUUACGGCGAGUAGAUGGCAUUUUCUCGCUUGAAGACAAUGCUGUUUUCAAAACUUACAGCAAAUUUAGUUGUUUCCUGUAGGGAAUAGAGGAGCAAUAUUUUCUUUUAGAACCUAAAUUCCAUUGCACUAAAGUACUUCCUGUAUGUCCAAACCAGCUAAUGGAUGUCUUAACUACAUCACAUUCAAACACAAGUGUCUACUUUUCACCCUGAUCUCAAAGAAAGCGCCCAAAAACAGCUUCAAUUAUCAUGUUGAUUUGUAUUUCCGCUCUCUCUCUUUCUCUCUUCCUUUAUUUUCCUCGUUCAUCAUCUCUCUUUCAGGGUCUGGUGGGAGAAAAGUACGGCAGCAUCCGCGUGCCAGGGGAGGUGGAGUCGGCAGAGUUUGAGAUGAUCUUGGAUGCAGCUGUGGAGGCGGGGCUGGACACACACAUCUUGGAGGAGUGGUACUGCAGGGAUGAAAACUCUGUGCCACCCGCAUACUACCUCAAACCCAAAGCCCAGAUGCUCAAGAACUACCAGAACUCUGUAAGUCCAGUAAAGAGACACUUUGAUGGUCUUGAAACUUGACUUUUAGAGCCUUUAUAGCCCAAAACAUCCAGAUUUGAAUGAUUUAUACUUAGAAAUCUUUGAAGGAAGGAAAGUCAUUCAAGGCUCGAUCACUUUAGCGGGAGAUUUAAUCCACUCAGCCGACAUUAAAUUAAUGUUUCCGGAUCAAACACGGACGCUAAUUCCCUUUGUAAUGGUAAACAUGAAUAACCAGCCUCCCCGGUCUCACACUGAUAGUCCUCCGUUUGAACUGUAAACUCAGACUGUCCUCUCGCUGCCCUCUCGCCCCGCUCAGAUGGAGUCGAGCAGCGCAGCCAAGUCGAAGAACGACAAGGCCUGGAGGAACGUGUCGGAGGAGAUCAAGAGGAUCUUCAGGACGGCCGUGCUGCAGCUUCAGGAGAAAGGGACCAUGAAGAGCGCUCAGGCCAAGAAAUUCCUCUGCUCUGGUUAGUUUCUGCACAACUUUCUUUUUAAUCCUUUCAUGUCACAUCGUUUGAAGACUUCUUUUCAUUUCAGACUGUCUGAUCAGUCGCUCACUGCAUGUAUUACUUCUUUCCUUGUUAGUAUUUGACUUGUACUUCAUGUAGUCUACCAAGUUUUCACAAUAAAGAUCACUUUAAGUCGCUGCGUUUCUCAGUAAGUACGAUUAUCAUUAACCUCCAUAAGGGAAACAAUCUCAUGGCAGCGCCGCUCAGAGCACCAUCGUGUCACUAAAUUGAUCCCAGAGGAGGAGAAGCAAUCAGGAUCUGUCAGAUGCCGCUCAGCAGAUGACAGUGAUUGAUCGAUCACGUUGUUGUGCUGCACAUGAUCCCUCGAGCAACUUUUUUACACGACUUUUUUCUCAUUAAACAUCUCUUUUAUUGUUUUUAUCAAAGGCUUAACAGAUUAUUAACUCUGCUGUCGUGCUGCUGUUGCUCAAGCUGACCUCCUCUUCUAUUAUUAAAUAUCAAAAGUACAAAAAUAAAACUGGUCAUUUUGAGUUUUUAUGCCUCUGCUGGUGCAAAAAAAAAAAAAAAAAAAAAAACGAGAAGAGAAGGAAAAAGUUCAUCUCUGACAUUUGAACAUUUCCACCUGCUGUUGAUUUUUCAUAGAGCGUCAGAUCAGAACUUUCUCCAAUUGGGGAAUCUCUGAGUUAUUACUGAAUUGUUUUGACAGCACUAAACCAAGACAGCUUUUCAUUUUCUCAGGCUGUCAGUGAAGGAGAGGAGCAAAGAAGUACGAUAACAGGUCUUCUCUAACAGCCCGAAUCCUGUUCCUGCAGACCGGGCAACUAUGGAGACAGAUGAGUGCUGUUAAGAACAAGAAACAGUGAGAGAAUAGAUAAAUAUACGAAAGGAAAGCCACCGAGUGUAGAGAAAGAAGGUAUUUUUAUCAAGAGUAGGAAUCACUAGUGGCCUCACGAUAUGAUAUUAUCACAAUACUUGGGCCACAAUACGAUAUUAUCACGAUACGACAUUAUCACGAUAAUUGGACCACGAUACGAUAUUAUCAUGAUACUUUGGCCACAAUACGACAUUAUCACGAUACUUGGGCCACGAUACUACAUUAUCACAAUAACUGGACCACGAUACACUAUUGUCACGAUACGUGGGCCACGAUAUGAUACUAUCACGAUACUUUGGCCAUGUUACAAUAUUACAUUACCAAGGCCUCAAUACGAUAUUAUUGCGAUUUUUAACAUUUUGCAAAACAGUGAGGAUUGCGAUACAGUAUAUCGCAAUUUAUAAAAAUUUUUCCACUGUUUAGCUAAUUUAGCAUUUGUCUUUCCUUUAUGUUUGUCCUGUUUACACAGUAUUAUAUUUUCAUGUCGCACAUCUUGCAAACCUUUGAUAUAUUUGUUGCACUAACGUCUCCUGCUCUAUAAUAUCACCUUUGCAAACCUCACUGGACAAUUAGUUGAUUUUAUUUUUCUAUUAUCAUAGAUUUUACUUCAUAUUAGCAAUUAAUUUUUAAAAACGACAGUUGGUAAACGAGAUUAUACAAUAUAUGACCAGACAAAAUAUUACAAGUGUGCUGUAUUGAUUUUUUCUCCCACCCUCUAAUUUUUAUCUUGUGCAAACAAGAAAAAUAAAUUUUAAUGUAUUUGUUUAUUCAUUUUAUCCUGUUAAAAUAAAAAUGUUUUGCAUGUUUGAGAGUAAGAUCUACUCUAUUCUGUGCAUUGGGAUCGUUAAUCAUGGGUAUCAAUUAACUUUUUUGUACAUUUUCACAGUUCAAUCUUGACUGGUGUUAAUUAGAUUAGAUACGACUGUACAUAUUAAAAAAGAAUAAUUUAUUAAUACCAUGCCUACAGAUUGGCAAAAAAGAAAUGCAUUUAAAAGAUGGUUAGAAUAAAUUGAUUUUAUUUUACAUUAAAAAUAAUUUCAGAAAUCUAAAUAUUGUCAAUUUUCUAUCAUAAGAAUUUAAUACUCUGUCAUCUAAAAAGUUAGUUUUUAUUUAACGUUUCAGACUUUUUCUGGCGUCUCUAGGACUCGCAGCAUGCAGCCUGUUCACACAGUAAAACUCAGAGCUUAUUAAGAUAUUGGAGCUAAAUUCUUGUAACCUCAUGCAAAAGGUUACACCUGUUUGUGUCAAAAGGCUGCCGAUUUUUAUGCUCUCUAAUUGAGCUCACUGGGCUCUCAGCAGCGCUUGAUUUCGCUACGAGGAGGAAGUUGUGCCGUCUCCUGGAUCUUUCCUUUCACACUUUUCUCUCUCUCCCACCUAAUUAGCCGCUACCAUGUGAGCAAAACUACACAGGAGACGCUGGCUGAGUUCCAGUCAGCCGCUGAUACAGUUCAGCAAUGCUGGCUUAUGUGAUUUUUAUCAACUUUGUUUCUACUUAAGUAAGGCUCAGGAGAAAUCUGUGUAAUCGAAGGCUAAAGGCUCCUAAAAUCUGUCCAGCCAAAUCCAAAUCCUACAUCUGAUAGACGUUUAUCUCUGCAAGUCGUACAAUAUAAUCCAGCCGAGAUACUUAUCAGCUUUAAUUCAAACCAUUACUUUGGUUUUUGAAGUUGUUACACAUAGAAAAGUCGAGGAAUCUGCGUCUAAACUGACAUUGCAUUUGUCCUUUUCCCCUUUUUUUCAGCCUUGGAAGAUGAACUCGAUUUUGCCCUUGGGAAACAAACGCCUGCCUUUCUCAGGAAAUGUGUCUGCUACAUUCGCAAGAUCUCCAACUUCGACCGCUUCGCCAAGCUCCCCGAGAUGACCCGGUACAUGGACAUCGUGGUGAGCGGCGACCGGAUCAUGCGCAACCAGGAAGCCUACGAACGCCUUCUCAAGGUCCGGGAUGAGUUCAUCCCCACCAUCGUUGCUGCCUCCAACCUCCGUGUCUACUCCUCUGUCACGCACUGCGACAUGAAGCUCGGCUACUCCCAAGAAGUGGAAAGUCAUUAUGUGGAGGGUCUGUGUAAACAGUUCUACGAGGAUAUGGUGGAUAUCAUCCAGGCCACGGUGCAACAGAACUUUGACACAGAGACUGACCCACUAUAUGAUGAGAUCCUGCAGCACCUGUCGCUGUGUAAGAGCUACGCGGCGCUUCAUCAGUUCAAGACUGAGUCGUUGGAUUACAUUCAAGAGUAUCUCAUGCCAUCAAAGGGGAGCAGGAUGAGCCCAAUGGUGGUGUAUGGGGGGCCUUGCACGGGGAAGACAUUGCUGCUUGCAGAGGUGGCAAAACAGGUGAGACAUUAUAAUGAUAUUUUCCCCUGAAUGACAGCUGUAUGCUACCAGCACUGUAUGGAUGAGAUCAGGUUUCUAUGUUUCCAUGUGUCAAAAGAGAACUUCCUGCACCGAGCGACAACAGGUGGUGACCUUUUUGACCAGAGGAAUGCAGAUUUGUUUAGGUAAACUGCUUAGGUUGGUGUAACUUUUGGUGUAAUUUUGAACAGCAAAUAUUUGCAGUAACUCGGCUCGCAGCCCCUAAGACUUUCUUUGCAAAUCCAAAAGUCAGAGUAAUGCAGAUUUUCAAAAUGAAACUGAUUAAGUAAUUGUAACCUCAAAUCUAUGUGUCUUGAAACUUGCCAAGAUAAUGUUGGUCAGCAGCUCAGCUUGCAGCCCCAUGGACCUUCUAUGAAUAUCCAACCACUAGAGAGAUGCAGACUGACAAAUUUAGUGUUACCUUGAAACAAGAAGAGUGCCUUAAAACAAGCCAAGCUUAUUUUAAUGGGCAGCUCAGCUAGAAGCCCCUGAGACUUUCUUUGAAAUCCAGUAGUGAGAGAGAUGCAGAUUUUCGAAAUAAAACUGCUCAAUCAAGUUUAACCUAAAAUCUAAGUAUCUUUAAACUUGCCAAGACAAGUUUGAUCAGCAGCUCAGCUUGCAGCCCCUGAGACCAUCUAUGCAUAUCCAACCAUUUGAAAAUGUAACCUGAAAUCAAGUAGAAUGUCUUCAAACUCGCCAAGAUCAUUUUAAUCAGCAGCUCAGCUUGCAGCCUGCUGGAACAGCAGCAACUCAGCUUGCACCCCCUGAGACCAUCUAUGCAAAUCCAAUCGUCAGAAAAAGAUGCAGAUAUUCCAAUCAAACCGACAAAUUUAAUGUCACCUAAAAUCUAAGUGUCUUCAAACUUGCCAAGAUAAUUUUAGUCAGGCCCCUGAGACUUUCUUUGUAAAUCCAGUAGUGAGAGAGAUGCAGAUUUUCAAAAUAAAACUGCUUAAUCAGGUUUACUGAUUGGUUAGGUUACUGACUGACAAAUUUAGUGUUCCCUUGAAACAAGAAGAGCGCCUCAAAACAAGCCAAGCUUAUUUUAAUGGGCAGCUCAGCUUGCAGCCCUUGAGACUCUCUUUGUGAAUCCAAUAGUCAGAGAGAUGCAGAUUUUCAAAAUAAAACUGCGUAAUCAAGUGUAACCUAAAAGUGUCUUAAAACUUGCCAAGACAAGUUUAAUCAGCAGCUCAGCUUGCAGCCCCUGAGACCAUCUAUGCAUAUCCAACCAUUUGAGAGAUGCAGAUUUUCCAAUCAAAGUGACAAAUUUAGUGUAAUAUCAAAACAGGAACAGUGCUUUCCAACAGACCAAGCUUAUUCUAAAGGGCAGCUCAGCUGGGAGCUCCUGGGACCUUCUUUGUAAGUCCAGUAGUCAGAGAGUCGCAGAUUUUCAAAAUGACAUUGCCUAAUCAAGUGUAACCUGAAAUCUGCAAGAAUGUCUUAAAACUUGCCAAGAUAAUUUUGAUCUGCAGCUCAGCUUGCAGCCCCUGAGACCAUCUAUGCAUAUCCAACCAUGAGAGAGAUGCAGAUUUUCCAAUCAAACUGACAAAUUUAAUGUUACCUUGAAACAAGAAGAGCGCCUUCAAACAGGCCAAGCUUAUUUAAAUGGGCAGCUCAGCUUGCAGACCCAUUUGCUCAAGCAUCAUACUGUCAAACUGCUUAAUUUAGUGUAUUUUUAGCUAAUGUGACAUUACAGUAAUUAAGGCAAUUGAACCUUCCAGUUAAAGCUGUUUUGAGCCUUUUUUAAGCAAACAGAAGCUGACCCAGUGAUGAAAAUAUCUGAACUUACAGCACUGAUAUCAGUAUCAAUACCAGCUUUAUUCUGGGCAUGCAGUUGUUCUGAUAUCGGCAUCUUUAAAUCCAUCGUUUUGUCUUUUUCCUUUGAUCCCCUGCCGUUCUUCUCUCUCUUUUGCUGCCCCUCAUCAUCACACUCGCUCUCAUCUGUCCGCCUGAUCUGAGCGAAUGUCCAUCUUUGUACAACAGAGUAUGAGGGGGCGUGCAACUGCUCAGUGCUCCUUAUCAAACGCUCGCUUGACCAUCUGCGUGCCUGCCAAACAACCACGGCCGCGCACAUCUUUCACUUCCUGUGGGGCCACGUGUUCAUUUGCAUCUGCAUGUGCAUUCAUAGGUGUGCAUUAGUUCGCUUUUAUGUAUUAACAUCUGUUGAAAAUUCCCUCUACAUGUGUUUCCUAAUGUGAAUUUGAGUGUGGCUCUGGGUUUAAGCACAUGCACCCUCCUCUGCUGCUGUUGUGUGUGCCAUCUGGCUGCCCAAAAACAUUAGGAUCACACCAGCGCACGCCCACAGAUCUGGCCUUCCUGUCCAACCUUUGCAAUAACUGUCACAAUGAUGCACUUAUUUAUUGUCGGGGCUGGUGAUAUCAUCCAGGGUCAGAGCAUGAUUGCAUGGAGUGCUACAAAAAGAUUAAAUUACGCCAACAAAACAGCCACAAAGCAGUGAUAAAAGUCCAAACUGACACUAUAUCUACACAUCUAUGGAGGAGGCAAGUGAGGGGAAAAGAGGUGGAGAGGAAAAACAAAAUAAUGACAGGCUUUUAAGGAUCUUUUUCUUAAUAUUAUUUCAGCUACAGUCAGACCACAGAAGUCUACCUGCUUCCUCCAAACUUGGCCUAAUUUUGGUGCCAUAAAAUUUUCAAACGCCUUUCAUGUUUUUGCAACACCUGGUGGACAUUUCAAAGCUCCCGUCUAACACGCUGAUACUGUUUCCUCAAGUGGAAACAAACAUGUGGAGGUGAAAAAGGAAAACCUACUGAACUCUCUUCUGUCGAGAGAGUCGUAGAGUUUGCUCUCUGAACAAAGGGACUUGCAUGUUUAAGCUGAAUAAAUGAGAUGAGUCAUUUCAAAGAUUGUAUCGAUUGUAUUGAUUGUAUGACUUCUCUAAUACUGCCCACACAGAUAAGCCCUCUGAUUUAUCAUGUAACCUCACUGCAGUGAUACUCUUGUGUGCAUUAGUGUGUGAGUGGGCUGACAAAUGUACACUUUAUUAGGAAUAAAUCACAAGAUAGUAACUUCCAGAGCCAGGUGGAUAAAGUUUUACUCCAUUAUUAGCAAUUUAAGAGUGCCAAUCUUAAUUCUUGGCUAAUUUUCUUUCUAGUAUUUUCUAGAAAAGACAAGUAAAAAACAAAAAAAUCCCUGAAAUCCAAUCCUUAAACACGCAAGAAGAGCUGUAGGAUAAAGGUAGACGCUCUCUGAAGCUACCACUUUGUGUUCAAGUCUGCAGGGUGUAAUUCACACCUCACUGGCUUGGUUUGAUUCAUCUGACCCCCCCAGCUUUUAAGACUGUGCUUAUGAGCUGAAACCGCAGGAGAUGUUUAAGAAAAAACAAGUGCUGUGCUGCUUUGGGUUUGCCUGAGCUGUUGUUUAUUGUGGUAUAAUACAACAGAGAGAAACGUCAGCUUAUGUGGGAACAAAAAAAGGAGGAAAAUAAUCGUCUCUAUUUUGCUGUUGAUCAUAGGAUACUUAUGAAAAAAGUCUGUUUAAAAACAUGUAAGUGUUCGCAUUUGUGCGCCAUCAUAAAAUCAGAGUCAACCUCGGUAUCUUACAAACUGAUACUAGAGAUAAACACAAAGAAGCAACUUCAAUGUGCUUAGAGAAAAGUAGAUAAGAGUGAAUGCAUGUUUGAAAACUCAACGCUGAAUUUAUACGUUGCACUUGUUGCAUAAUUAAAGCCAGAACACUGAUACAAGAGGAAUCCAGGUCAAAGAGUCUCACAUUUGUGGGACUCAGGGCAUAGCUUUGUGUUACAGAGAUCCGUCUGUCGGUAUUGUUUGCACACUUUCCCGGUACACACACACUCUCUAAUAAGCAAGCUGAAAAUGAAGUAGUUAGAGGAAGUUAAUAUCAAAUGAGAUGAUGGAAACUUGUUCGGAGCAUUUAUUUUCACUUUGCAGAGUUCAACACCGGAGAUAUGAAAAUAGAAAUGUCAGAUGAUGAGUUACUCUGGUUGUUAAAUAGACUAUCAAAGCAUAGCAACUGCAAUCUGUAAUUGGUUCCCAGCAGUGCAGUGGCUUCUGGGCACAGUUAGAGAAUAUUGCUAAAUACAAGAACGAGUCUUUAGAGACUCUGCUGGAAUGUAAGCUUUUGUCAUAAUGGCUGGUAUUUACUGUAAGAAGGAAUACGCUUAAUUAAAGCUUUGUAGACUUGCACAUUAUUGUGAAAACAGAUUCCCCGAAUAUAAUGUGCUGUUUUUGAAAAACGACAAAGAUAAUUAAAGAUAAGGCAGUGUACAUGUGCAAAAAUAAAGUAACUGGGGGUCACUGCUAAAACAGGCCCAGUCACUUGGUUUUAAACCUGGUUUUAGAAAUGACUGCUGGGGCAUACCGGUACGUUAAAACUGUAAACACUCUACUGGCAAAAUCUCUCUCUUCCUCUUCUUUUCACUCGAGCAUAAACAGCUAAAUGUGAAGUAGGCGUCAUCACUGUUGCCCCAAAACUGUCAUAUAAGUCUCCCAGAAGCUCAUCUUAGUUUAUGAAUUCAUGAAUGAAAUUAUUUUAACAACAGAGCCUCAAAGUGGGGCUGGUACUCAUUCAUUAAACUAUUCAAAUCUUGGUUUUACUGACUGAAAUAAAUAAAAAAGUUAACAUACCUGAUUUUAUACAUUUUUCCAGUAUUACAGGAUAGUAUAUGUGGCAUCAGCAAGGUAAAAAUGUAUAACAUCGUCCCCCCUUGUUGUGCUAAUGAGCUUGGCUUUAUACUUCUUGAAUGACAAUUAAUUAGAUGCCUUUGCCGUCACUCUCAAGCUUUGGUUUCCUGGUUGUUAUUCCAGCCAGACUGCGCAGAGCAGAUAGUUAUUUUACUGACAGUCAGUGGAAACAAAUGUUCUCUGUUAUUUUGUGUGACUGAUUUGUUUUUGUUUGCAGUUUAAAGCCUUAACUUAUCCUGAUAUGUACCAUUAACUCCUCUAAAAGAUAUACUCUCAAUGCUGUGUUUUUCAGGCCUACACAUGGCUGCAGACAGAGAUGGGCCCUGAAACAGACCCAGUGGUCAUUGUCCGUUUCAUCGGCUCCAGCCAGCUCUCCACAGACCUACGUACCCUUCUCCAGAGCAUUUGUGAACAGAUUGCACUAAACUACCGCUGCCUGAUUCACUUUUUGCCUAACAAGAUCCAGGAGAUGAAGGAGCUGCUGAUAAACCUUCUGGGAGAAUCAUCUUUCCACAGACCUUUAGUAAUAGUUCUUGACGCCCUUGAGCAGCUCUCAGACUCGGAUGAUGUUCGUAAGCUUUGGUGGCUCCCAAUCCACCUUCCUCGGACGGUCCGCAUUGUAGUCUCAACCUUGCCAAACAAACAUGGCAUCCUGCAGAAGCUUCGCCACCUCAUCCAUGAUGAGGGGUACUAUGUGGAACUAAUACAGAGGGACCGCAAGGUCUGCAGCCAGACAUUGAAGCAGCAAUUACUUGAGGUGAAGAGAAAGGUCACCUCAGGCCAACAAAUCUAUGUCAAUGAAGCACUUGCCAAGUGUACAUUGCCAAUGUUUGUCAACCUCAUUUACAGAGAAGUAGUUCAUUGGCGUUCUCACAAAGAUGUGGACGAUAGGUCCCUGUGCUCCACAGUCCAUGAAAGCAUAGAACAGCUCUUCUACUCAGUGGAGAACAAGUUGGGCCAACGAUUUGUCUUCAGAGCUUUAGGGUACAUCACCAUGGCAAAGGCUGGGCUAACAGAAGUUGAACUAGAAGAUAUUCUAUCCCUUGAUAACAUAGUUCUUGGUGAUGUCAUCGUGGCGUCUUACCUCAAAAAUCCUUUGAGAAUCUCCUAUGAUUUAGUUGCAAGGCUCAGAGAGGAGCUAGAUGGUUAUCUGGUGGAGCGUCAGGUACGCAAUGUCACCUUGAUGGUUUGGGCCAACAGGCAUCUGCAUCUCAUCGCACAGAAGCUGUACCUUAGCAAUGAGGAAGACGUCCAUCAAAUGCACAGCCUCCUAGCUGAGUACUUUCUCGGGGCAUGGUCAGGAGGUAGAAAAAAGAUCUUCACAUAUGAUAACAACCAUUUCACCUCCUUGAAUAUAUCUCAUCAUAAAAACCCCCACAAUCAGCAGGCUCAUGAAAAAGCAUCCUCGGACAAAUACUCAUAUGACAGGCAAACUCCUGAGCAGCCGUGGGUGUUCCAGUGCAACCUUCUGGAGCCUGACAUUUUCUUUGUCAACCACAGGAAGAUGACAGAGCUUGUAUACCACUUAACCAGGAGUGGGCGCACUGAUGACCUCAUGUUCGGUGUCAUCAUGAACUUCAGCUGGCUGUACACGAUGAUAAAGAUUGGCCAGUUUGAAAAGGCUUUAACAGACAUUGACACAGCUUACAGCUACACCCAAGAAAAAGAACUGAAGUUCUUGGCCACAACUCUUCGCAGCAUCAAGGUAAAAGUGCUGAAAAACCCUGCAUCAUUGUCUGCAGAACUCCAGCAGAGGCUUCUGCCAGUUGUCACUUCCCUCCCCAAGCUUAGACACCUCCUCUUGGAGUGUGACAAAGAUGGCCCAAAAUACUGCUCCAUUGUGCCUCUCCACUCCUCGAUGGAUGUCACCUACAGUCCAGAGAGGCUUCCUCUGUGCUCUAGCUACAUGCAGAUUGUGGAAAUCUUGCCCACUCUAGCCCCAAAUAUAGUUCUUGUAGCACUGGAAGAUGGGUCUGUUAGCACUUGGGAUGUAGAGAGCAGACAGCUUCUAAGACAGAUCGACACAGCUAGAUCGGUUGUGCUGGGAAUCAGGCUAACCUCUGAUGAAAAGUACCUGGUCGUGGCCACAACCAAAAACACAUUACUUAUUUAUGAUAAUCACAAGUCUUGCCUUUUAUCUGAGGUUGAAAUCAAGGGGUCCAAGCAUGGUGGAGUUGCUGGUGGAGUGGCCUUCAUCAAUGGGUUUACCUUGUCCACCCAUCAUGCCUUGGCUUGGCUUGAGGCAAGCAAAGACGUCAAUGUUAUUGACCUUCUCUACGGUUGGCCCCUCUACCAGUUCCAUUGCUGGUACGAGGUGACUUGUGUCCAGUGCUCUCCAGAUGGAAUGUAUGCCUUCUGUGGCCAGUAUCUCAACACUGCAUCCAUCUUUCAUCUGGGAAAUGGGGACAAGUUGUCCACUGUAACCUCAGAGUUUUCUGGGGGAUUUGUAAAGUCCAUUCUUGUUCUGGACACCCUUCACCAAAUGGUGAUGAUUGACAAUGAAGGAAGCUUGUCAGUGUGGAACACCAAAGAGAUCACCAACCCCCGGCUAAUGGAGGACUACGAUUGUAGAGGGGAUGAUAGUGAAGUGGUGGGCAUUGAGCUAUCUGAAGACCAGCGCUCCAUCCUCAUCUGCAAGGCCAGAAGUAUUGAGGUUCUGGACACCAAAGUGUGGAAAAUGGUGGAGAAGUUUAAGGCUAAACGUACUGAACGCUUUGUUGCUGCUGUUCUGUCCAAGAAUGGACAAAGCAUUGUGGCCUCCAUGGAGAACACCUCCUCCAUCUUUGUCUGGAGGAGGGACAGUGGGCAGUGCAUGGCAAGCCUGAUUGAGAUCUCAGGGGCGAUUGUCAAACUUAUCAAAUCAGUCCACCACAACCUUCUCCUCUCUGUUGCCAGCAGUGGAGUCCUGUCUGUUUGGGAUAUUGAUAUCAUCACCGCCAUGUCAAAUAUUGACAAAACAGGCAAGAAGAUCCAGACCUUGCAGCUGUCUGGCAGAGAGGAUUAUGUGUUUACCAUGGAUGGUUCAGAAGCUGUCCACAAGUGGAACUUCGGCACUGGCUUUAUUGAGACUGUCUUUAAGCAUGAAGGCAUAGUGGAGAACUGUGUCCUUACCUCCUCAGGGGAUCUUAUGGUGACAUCAGAUGACAAGUCCAGUCAGUACAUUUGGCAAACGGCCACUGGGGAAAACAUCUUCCGAAUCAAUGGACAAAGAAUAUCACAGCUGCUGAUCACCCACAAUGACCAGUUUGUGGUGUCCCUCUGCGAGCAAAAUGCUUCAAGAGUCUGGAGGCUUGCAACUGGGCACAAAGUCUGCAACAUUUUAGUCACCCUCCAGAAUGCACUGAUCACCACAGCCAACACUUUCCUUGUGGGGACCUCCAAAAACAAACUCCUUGCUGUCAGCCUGUGGUCGGGCAGUGUAUCCAAGAAAUUUGUCUGUGAUGAUGGUAUCAGCAUCGUCAACUUCAAGCUCAUUCCUGACUGCCCAGACUGCGUCGUGUUCAUCACGUCCACAGAAACUGUUAUCCUCUGGAGUGUGGCAGAUGAGUCCGUUUGUAGGCGAGUCCAGCUGCCAACCAACUUCCUCAAAAAUCUAGAGGACUUCCAGAUCUCACCCAAUGGCAAACUAGGAAUUGUCUCUAAAGGGGAUGAGAAUAUUAAUGUCCUGGAUCUUCACAGCGGGAAACUGAGGCUUGUCCAUGCUGCUGGUAUAAUCUGGCGUCAAAAAUUAUCGAGAGAUGGAAGAUAUCUGGUGUAUGUCUGUUUUCGGAAUUGUGAUGAAGACGAUGAUGCUGGUGUUGUUUCUAAUCUGAUCGUGAUGCGCCUCGCUGACGGUAAAAGCAUCGGCACAUGUUCCCUGUACAAGACACCAACUUUCCUGUCUCUUUCCCAACGAGCACUGAACAUCAUCAUUGGUUUCGAGGACGGCAGCAUCGGCACAUACACAGUAGUGGACCGUGUGGAUGCGGCCCUGAAGAUCAAGAUAGCAACCUCCAACAGCCGACAGAUUGUCAACAAUGCCUCGCAAAAGGUGCGGCCUAAAUGUGGCAACCAUUCUUUUAAGUCGGUAGCCGACUGUAUUUGGAGGGAAUCAACCGAAGUCUUCUCCAGGGACAGCCCGAUCAAUGUGUCCGACUCUGGUGAAGGUGAGUCGACCACGCCUACAAAAAAGGUUGAACUGCUGCAGUGAUUAGGGGAUCAUAGGUGGAGGUUAGUUAGUGAGUACAGGUGGGUAGCAUUGGUGACAAAGUUUAGAAUCUCUGGGGUUGCAGUUGAUUCUUGUUUACAGCCACGUGAUUCAGCUGCAGAUGUCAGCCCUCUGGGUAGUUAAUGGGCCGACCGUUUUAAACGCUGCACUCAAAUUAUGUAUUCCUUACGUCCGAGUUAUUAUACAGUUUCUCUUUGUUUUACACAUGAAGACUGUUACAAAGAUUAUGUUUUUAAAAAGAAGAAAAUGUACAUUCUGUGAGGUAUUAGUUUGCCAUUAUGUGUCCUUUUGCAUUUGAAGAACAAAGUUAUUAUUCAAAUGUCUUUGUCGAACGUUUUCAAAGCCAUUCCAGUGAUCUUAGCCACUUUCAUUGUACACACUCUUUUUAUUUUCAUCGUGCACAUUAAGCCAUAAUGUUGUCUUUAAAAUACAGAGUGUAUUUACGUUUGUACCAACAUCAGUCAGUACUGUACAAAAAAGAAGAACUAUGAACAUAUGUACAUAUCCCUUUUGGCUGCUGCAAUUUGUGCAACUCCUUAAAAAUGUUAUGUUGUGCUUAAUGCAAUCAAAGUGAGUGCCUGGAAUUUAAAAUGUUCUUUAUGUGCAGAUUACAAGAUUUAUGAAAAUGCAGGGAAUUUGUAAACACAGUAUACACACAGUUACAUAAUACUUGCAUUGACGUUAAAUCUAAACGAUCAGUGUUCUGAAAUCAAGUCAACAACAUGAGAGAUUGAUGGCAUUGCUCUUCGUAAUGAUAGCUGUAGAAAAUAUCUUGGGACAGUUUACGUAAAUUUGAUGUGAAUUUACUCGCAGUUCCAUCAGUUUGUGUGCUGUUAGUGUUAAGGGAAACACCACUAAUGAGCAUACAGUGUAGCAUAGCACCAUACACAUUCACGCCUUAAACAGUGUACUUGCUUUAGGUUAUGUGGAGUUUGUUCAAAUGUUACAGUAGAAAAAGACAGAGUGAUUAGCCCAAUGUUUCACAGAAACAGUGUGGUGAAUAUAUUUAGAGGGUUAAACUGUAGAAAGAAGCACUUUAUGGGUGGUUUUGUGAGAAAUAGUUAGAUUUAUUUAAAUGAAACACUGUAAAAUGAAAAUAAAAAAAAUAAAAAAAAAGGUUUAAAGUGAUUUAGAGUUGUCUUGAAAUAGGUUUCAGAUUUGCCUAUAAAAAAUAUACAAGGCCAACCAGGUACUUGCAGGCUACAGCUUAUUCACAUAAAUGCUACGUAUGGCUAAAUAAAUGCUCUGCAGCCGGAGCUUAUCUAAAAAGUGACAGUGAAGGAAAUUUACAGUAUCAAAUAAGGGUCAAUUUGAUUUGAGUUUAAAGCAGAUGUUUUUUACAUUAAAUCAUCUGUGAGGAGAUUUUAGCUGGAAGUGAAGCAGGUUGAUAUUACCUACAAAAACUGUAUUACGCUGGACUGAUUGUGUCUAUAAAAAGGGAAGAAACGUACCAUUUUUGUCCACAAGGGGGCACCAAAAUUGAAACAAACUGAAAGUUUCUUAUUGGAGCUUUAAAGAGGAAUCUACAUCUCAGCGAUAAUUAUGAACAAAUUUUAAAUCAAAUUGACUUCUUGGUCCGUUUUAUUAAAGUCUGUUUCAAGAUCCUGUUAUCGAUAAUUUCUCAUUACAAAAGAAAAGCAAAAGCAUCAGCCACCAGACUGAAGAAUUUCCUAAUUUCAUUUUAAUGCCUGAAACAGAUUCAAAGGGAUACGCAUCCGGUAAAAAAAACAGUCGUGUUUUCACAAAUCCAACACUUAAUAUUCACAAUAAAUUAUACAGUCAACCGUCAAGUCAGUAGGAUGGGGAUUUUUGAUAAACGUCACCAUUUAAGCAUUUAGGAGACAAGAUAGGCCAGCCUGCUUCAUCCACAGGGGGCGCCAAAUUAAAAAAAGAAAAAAAAGUUCCUCACAGGAAAUUUUAAAACUUUGCGUCACAGAUUUACAAAAGCGCUAUUUGCCCGAAUCGUUUCGCGGUCACUAAAUCUCUUUGACCCCUUAGAGACAUCCGACACUGGUACCAUCAUGAUAGACUGGACUAAAAACUGUUAAGAUCUCGACAAUCUAAAAAGAUGGUGCAUUAAAAACUGAGGUUGUGCCUUGCAGGUACCUUGAUUGCUUCUUUUAAGCAUGUCUGUAAUAUCCCAAAAUGCAAUUCUCCGAUGAGACCAAUCAUCACUCUGGCAUGAUUGAAAACCAUACACUUACACUUUGACGUAUACUUUUAAGGGCUAUUCCAUCUUAUUGUAUGUUUACUGGUUUUGAACAGUGGAGAUAAAUGGCCCUUGGAUAAUCUCACACCAGGUAGCAGCAUCGAGCUUUAAAACACUUUAAACCCCCGUUAAGACAAGAGUUUCUAAAUUAAGAGAAGACACGAUAUCAGAUAAUUGCCAAAGUCCCAGUUAGAGUUUGUGUUUGAUUAUGUUGAUUGUUACAUUUGUUUUCUGAGGCUUGUACUGUAAUGAUAUUGUUACCAAAUUGUUUCAGUGUUGGACUGUGAUUCUGUUAAUUGAUAGAGAAAAUGUGCUAUCUUUGCUAAAAAGUUUAAAAAGAGUCCUCUUAUGAAAUAUAUUGGAAUGCCAGUUUAAGAGUAUAUUUGAAUGUGUCCAUAUGGAAGCCAGUAAAUGGUAUUAUUGUAUGUUCAGUAACUUGAAUGACUUUUAAUAACGUACAUGUUUGCAACUCAUAGUUGACAUACUGGUAUAAUGAAUGUUUCUAUGGUAUUCUUUGUAUUGUCAGGACUGACUUACCUGUUUAGAGAUUUAUAUUUUCAUAAAUGUUGUACUUACAUUUUGUUACAGAGUUGUUUAACUGGAAUUCAAACAGAAAAAGGAACUUAUGUCUGAAGCAAUAUGAAACUAGUGUGUAUGCAUUGUUUGUAUGAAACAUUUUAAUGUAAUAAAAGGUUCACUUUUUGCCUCCAGCGCACCGCCUCGGGACUUUUCCUGUAAUUAAAGGUUGCUGCAAGACAC